CCUCGCCUCCUCUGAGGCGCCAAUGACUUCUCCUUUCCCCUCGGGCUCUUUUGCGUAGCCACGCCCCUCCGCUCUCGGGGCUGCGCGCUGGGCCGCCAUCUUGGACUCCUCGGCGGGUGCAGCGCGGUUACCAUGGAGACCGCCGGGACGCGGCGCGGCCUGUGAAGGAACCCAAAGCCCGACUCAAGUCCGUCCUUGGUAUUUGCUCCUAAUUUUGAGCCUUUCAGCACUUUUCCUAACCGAAAAUAGUAAUUCCCGAGUCCUCCACAGGUAUUCUGGGGAAAUAGGGACUUAACUUUGGUCCAUUUAGCUCAGUAUAGUCCGCACUGGCUGGCAGCGGCUCUCCAGGACUUCAAGGCAGCUCUAAGGGGAGAUGUCGGAGCCUGUCCUCAAAUCUGUGUAUAGUAUUUUUGACUUGGGGGGGGGGGGCAAAAAGUUGUUGAGCUUUUUUUGUGGGUGGGUGGGGGGAGAUCGCAGUUGAGUUGUUCAGUUUUUGGGGAGAUCCCAGAUCAUGAAUAUUUUAUUUUAAAUGUAAAUAAAAAUAAACCCAGGGGUCAGGCAUCUGUUUGAGGGUCAGGCUUUUGUUAGGCGAGGCAGAACCUCAUUUUCAAGAUUUAUACGCAAUUUAUACACUCUGUGUGUGUGUAUAGUCAGUGCUUUUUUCUGGAGGGGACGCAGGGUUACGCAUACUCCCUAAACAUUUUGUGAAUCGUUGUACUUUUGUCCAUUAACUGUAUUUAUUUUUCCCGAUUUGAACUAUAAAAUGCUGAUUUUCUUGAGUCAAAGUGAGAGUACCCCUAAACAUUUUUUUUAGGAAAAAAGCACUGUAUAUAGUAAUUUAUAGACUAUGGCGUGUGUAGCCAGAAUCCAACUGGUGCAGCUUAAGCUCCCACCACCCUAGUGGAAGUAUGGAUAUAUUAAAAAAACCUUCCCUUGUUGCUCUUCUGCUUGCCAUGCUAUCUGUAAAAGCAACAGAUGCCAACAACAGAGAGAGGGGGGUCCCACCUGUUCUGCCCCCAGAAGGGUCAGUUUAUUUAGUGAUAGCAAAUCUGUGUAUUAGUAUUAGGUAGAAGGAAUAACCAUGCUAACCCCUUUAAGAAAAAAUAGUGCCCCCCCUUUUAGAUCUCUCCCACCCCCCAGUUUGUCUGCAGCAAUGGGAAAGGCAAGGACCUAGAAAGUGACUUCUUCUUUCUCAUCCUUGGCACUGCCCUGUAAAUAGCAUCUCUCCCCCCACCCUUCCCUGAAACUACACCCAUUCUUGGAUGCUCUCAGCAUCUUCUUUGUCUUCUUCCCUCCAGCUGCUCUCACAGUUCCAGCUUUGCCCUGGAUUGGCUUUGGAACACCAGAAAUUAGACUCCCCCAUCCACCCUUUUUUGCAAUGCUAAAAGUGUUUCUUCCACGAGGGCCUUUAGUAGAAGGUUUUGCACUAUUGGGACAUAUAUAGUUUUGUUAGAUAGUAAUACAGUACUGAGGAUUAGUGAGCUCUAGCCCUGCCUCGGAAGUGUCCCAGUAAAAGCCAUGGUAGUAAAUCUGCUUUGCAUGUCUGCAGCAUAGGCAGAACUCAAAAUUAGCAUAACGUAAGUUACUGUUAGCCAUUUCUAAUGAACCCAUGAAACAACCACAAGGUGGCAAGCUUUAGACAUUAUGAAAUAGUUUGAGAUGUUUUAUAAUUUUUCCUCUUCUUCCUUUCAUACAGAUUGUUUCAGUAUUUGGGGUCAAGAUGUCUAAAGAGCAUGAAGAACAGGAUUUGCAGAAAUUCCUUAGAGAUGUGGAUGAAGUUAGUAAGUCAACCAUAAGUUUGUUUGAACAGUACCUUGCAUGAGCUGAGCAUGUCCCAGCCAGUCAGCAGCACCUGAUUUUUCACUACAGCAUCCUUUGGUGCAAUUAUAGGGAGGUUCUCCUUCUUUCCUAGAGAAGUACCCCGCUCAGCUAAAGUGGGAGAAAUUGAAAUUACUGCUGAGCCAAUUUUUCUUGAGCUCCACUGUAAACAUACUUACACUGCCUUUUUAAACAACCCCCAAGUGUUUGAGAGUGGUUUGACCCUCUUAACUUUGCCUUUCAGCUUCCUUUUUACCAAUUCCCUCAUUUUGGGGAAGUUGCCUCUUUUGAAAUCAAAUGUGAUUAUGUUUGAUUUUCUUGGCAAUUGGCCAUGUGCAUGUGGUUGCUUUACCUUUCUUUCUGUGAAACAAUAAUAAAUGGCCCAUUAGUGUUCUACACCUGAGGCAGCUGAUGGCAAGAAGAAAUGACUUUCACUACACAGGGAUUUCAACCUGGAUUUUAUAAGAGGAAAAUAGGAAGCUGCCUUGUAUCAGGUCUGACUGCCCAUCUAAGUCCAGCAUUCUCUACUCUGACUCUCCAGUGCCUCAGAAAGAAAGAAUUCCCAUUAACUAACUGAUUAUUUAGAUCGUAGUUGCCAGAGAUUGAGCCUGGGUCAUUGUGCAGGCAAUACGUGUUCUCUAGCAUUCUGCUGUGAUCCUUUCUUAAACUCAGUAUUUUAUCCUCUUUGCUGUACUGACUGAUUUGCUGAAUUACACCUAUGAUGAAAUGAAGCGUUUAUAUCACACCUUUCAUCUGUGGUACAGCACACAGAGUUCUCAGUGGGUCUCUAUGCAGGGACUGACCAGCCCCAGAAUUGCUUAACUUUGAUGAGGUUGCUGCUACAUGUGCCUUCAGAUCAUGCCCUGAGUAAUGAAUCCAGUGCCACUUUUUAGAAUAACAUCUGUCAGGAAAUGAAAAUUCUGUGUCACUUAACGGGCUAACAUUGUUGGUCCCUUUGAAAUUAGUCACCUGUGAUGAAGCUGCAGCUCCCCUUGACCACUGGACAGCACCAGAACCAUCAGCUUGCAUGGAUUUUAAAAUCAAGAGUUGCAAAACACUUUAUUUAGGCAACACAUUUCCAGCCAUUAUCUGACCAUUCAAGUAGUAUGUUCCAGCUUACCCUGAACACCUUCCUAAAAGAAUUAAGAAGCAUAGGAAAGAUAUCUUGAAAGCACCAAGAUAGUGAAAGAAGCAGAUGAUUUAUUACAACAACUCUUUCUAGUAAUAGUGUUCAGAGAUGCAAAUAUUUGAUCACCAGACUACACAGCAUUACAGCUAUAUCUGACAAGUUCUGCUGUCGGUAAUCCUUUGAUUUACUUGUUCUCUGUGUUGCAAAAAUUGCCUUAAAAAUUGAUGCUAGCAACUGCUCUCAUGACAAUCAAUAAUUCAAAAGCCUCCUAGUUUGGCUUUUUUUUUUUAAUGCUUAUGAGACUAUGAGCUUGACAGCUCAUUCCAUACAAUAAUUUUGGUAACUCUUUGUAAACAUUAUUUUAUUUACACAGUUUCAAAAUCUUUUUGAGUUAGAUAAUCUGAACCCUGAGAUUUGGAAAAAGAGCACAGAGCUUUAUAGAAAUAUGCAUAACAAAUAGUAUUUGGUGACAAGCAAUGCGAUACGACAAUAAAUAACCCACCUUCCCGCACAGACCUCCCCGCAUGGAAGGGGAAGGAUGACUAAUGCAAAACACUCCUACCCUCAUUUGAAAAACUGUGUAUCAGUAUUAUAAAAAUGAGAUUCUUUGAAUGUUAUUUAUAUCCUGUCUCAGUUGCUGAAAUGCUGUUCACUUUGGCUAGCCUUUGGUUUAUUGUACUUAGCACACUAUCACAUAAAAUCUCUAGCUCUGUGAUAUAAAAACUGCCCUAUUCUGCUUCUUCUUUUCUUCCUCUUCUCCUUGUCUUGUCCUAAGGGAACUACUACUUAAUACAGGUUUUAUAUUUCCAAAAGAAGCGUUUUUCUCCCCAGUUUUUCUCUAUGGUGGCAUCAGUAUAGAAAAAUCUGAAGCUUUAUCAGAGUGACAUAUCUGUAAUCUAAUUAAUUUUCUGCUCCAGCUUCUCCCCACACACUUUUAAACAAAAUGAGGGAGAAGAUAAAGGUACAAAUACAGUGAUUAUGCCACCAUUUUGUUAUGAAAAGAUUACUGAAAGCUGUUCAAGGAUAUAAUAUGGAAAUAAAAAAACCUAUAUUCAUCAUUUAUGUAGAACACUAGUAUAUAGUGAUUCUCACAUAACUCUCCACUCCAGACAUCAGACUGAAAUAUAUUUACAAUUUCACAAACUACUUCACAUGGAUGGUUCACUGGGUGACUUUGUUAAGAUUCAAAUACGUAUUAUUUUAAGAAAUCCCCUUGUAAAAGCAGAAAGGAAUUGUCAGUCAUUGUGAUGUAUUUAUUGUUCUAAUAUUGUCUGACCCGUAUCUAAUCAGCUUCAAAUUUUGUCUGAAUGUGUCUUUGCUGUUUCAUGCAGCAUAAGCUAAAUUGUUCAAAAUUGCCAGUCCCAUAAUUUGCUGUACAAUUCUCUAUAAGUCCUAGGUAUUUGGUUUAUUUCCCAGUGUUUUGGAGAAACAAUUCUAGUUGUCACAAUCAUAUAAAAGAGGAGAGUUGCCUUAUCCUUUGUCAUCUGUCCUUUACUGUAUGACUGCAUCCUGUGCACUCCCAUGGCUGAUUUGUAAAGCUGUGUACACACCAUGUUAGCCCCAGUCCACAUCUAUCUUGUACUUUUUUGAGACACGAUGCAUUUUCAUUCUUUUCUCCCCAAAUCAACUUCAGUGUUUCAGUUUGAAACAUAAGCCACGUGAAGACAUCCUUGUUGGGAUACUGCCAGGGAGACAAAGUCCAUCAUGGCCCCCAAGUCGUCUCCGGACGUCCAUCGAUCUCCCGUAGACACGCAGUAUCAGCAGUUAGCGACACGAGCUCCAGAAAUAGCUUGCCACAUUCCAGAGCCGAUGCACGCUCUAUCAGCAGAUAAUGCACAGCGAAAGAUGCACGCAGGAGAGCAUUAUUUACAAGUUUAUUCAGCGUUGAUCAGAACAAAGAAAACAUGACUGCCUGCUUCAUUGUCACAGACACAGAGAGAGAAAUGAAAGCAAAAAAACCCCACAACAUAAACUUCCUGUGAACAGGAAAUACGCAGACUCUGUGACUCACAAAGCCUGCUCCCUUUUAAGGUGGAACGGAAAUAUCCUAACAUCCUCCCCCUUUCCGUGUAACCUGUAGUACCUGUGGUUCAACCCAAUUGCAACCUUUGUACGUAAACCUUAAGUUGUUCUCUGUUAACAACCUUAGACAACAGAUCAGCAGGAAUUUCAUUACCUGCCAUGUAGGACACCUGAAUAAGUCCUUUCAGAAUACACUCUCUUGCACGAUGUAGCUUAAUCUGCAAGUACUUGGUUCUUUGCUUGCAACUCUCUGAGUUCAGCAAAGCCAAACAGGAUCUAUUGUCUUGAUACACUUGUAUAGGACAUUUCACAGAAACUCUGAUGUCCUUAAACAGUUGCAUCAACCAUUCACAAUCCAUGAGUGAACAUGACAGAGCAUUGAGUUCUGCUUCACAGGAACUUAGGCUCACUGUCGUCUGCUUCUUGCACAGCCAGUCAAACAGACAGUGGUUGUACAUGUAGCAUACUCCAGAAGUGCUUGUACCAUCCGUGGUGUCACUUCGAAAACUUGCAUCUGCAAAGAUUUCAAGACCUCCAGUCUUCUGACUGGUGAACUUCAGCCUGUAGUGCAUAGUCCCUUUCAAAUAGCGGGCUAUGCGCUUCAGAGCUUUCCAUUCCUGAACAGUAGGACUGUUAGCAUGUCUGCUAAGCAGGUUAGUGCUUACAGCUAUGUCAGGUCUUGAGCAUCUAGCAAUGAAAUUCAACUUGCCUAGAAUGCAUCUGUACAGCGUAAUGUCAGAAAACGCUUCAGCAGUACUAUCUACCUGGUAACCUGUCACCAUCGGUGUGUCUGCUGGGUUUGCAUCAACCAAAUUCAACCUGGUUAAUACAUCAGCAAUUUUCUGUGUUUGGUGUACCAGAAAAUUACCUGCUUGGUCCCUCUCCACCUGCAGAGAAAGAUAGUUGGAUACCUCACCAAGAUCCUUCAUGUCAAAGUGCUCCUUCAGCUGAGCUACGGUGUUUUGGUACAAAGCCUGAUUCUUCCAAAACAUCAGAAGAUCAUCAACAAAACAUAAACAAUACAGUUUGUUUUGCCCCUCCUCCUUGACAAACACACAUGGAUCAGCUUUGCCCUGGUGAAAACCUAGAGAAAGCAAUGUCUCAGUGAGUUUUGUGUUCCAACACCUGGCACUCUGCUUGAGACCAUAUAAGGAUUUCCGCAGUUUACAGACCAUUCCCUUCUGUAUCUGCAUUCCAUCAGGUGGAAGCAUAAACAGCUCCUCCCCCAAAACCCCAUACAAAAAAGCUGUAUUAAUGUCAUGAUGAGAAACAUGCAGUUUCUCCUCUGCAGCAAUCUUGAGCAUCAGCCGAAUGCUCUCAUACUUGACGGUGGGUGAGUAGGUCUCGUGGUAAUCCUGUCCUGGUACCUGUGAAAAACCUCUGGCAACCAAUCUGGCUUUGUGUCUGACAACCUUGCCAUUCUGGUCUGUCUUGGCCUUGAAGACCCAUUUGCUGCCAACCAGUCUCAUUCCUGGGACUACCGGUACCAACUCCCAAGCUUGGUUCCUAUUCAAGGAAUCAACUUCAGCCUUCAUGGCAUUAAGCCAAGGCUCAGCAUCUUUAGAGGUUAACUCCUGAACCUCUUUGAAGCUUGAAGGUUCCCACGCCUUCUCUGAGCUACUAAGAACAGCGGUUGCUGUCUUAGCAAACUCAUCAGCAAAUCUCUUUGGAGGUCUUCCUUUGGUCGCCCUUUCAGAUCUGCGUACUAGACGCAAGUCUUCUGGACUCAUCUCCUCCUUAGGAGAAAAGUGACCAAUGAUGAACAGUGGUUCUUCCAGUUCAUUGUCAGACACAUCAGAUGGUCUGACUGAGGCCUUCGCGCUCUUGUAGUCUGCUGUGUCAUCACUGUCGCUGACACCAGCAGCAGCGCCGCCCACUGAACUGGAAUCCAAACUCUGAUCAUCAUCAUCAUCAUCCUCAGCUUCCUCUUCUGCUUUCUUCACAUCACCUUCAUCCUCCUCUGGGUAACUCUGGAAAAUUCCCACAUUUCCCCCCCAAUUAGGAUUGUACUCAACACUCUUUGUGAACUUAAUGGACUUAGAGUCAGUCAUCCAUACCCUGUAUGCACCUUUUUCAUACCCCAUGAACAAACCAUGUGCCCCACGCUUCCCAAGCUUGUUGCUCUGUGGGGUGUGUACCCACAUGUCAGAACCAAAGAUUCUCAUGUGCUUGACACAAGGUUUCUUACUAAACAUCUUCUCAUAGGGAGUACAACCAAUAGGUGAUGACAGUCUCCUGUUAAAAGUGUAAACAUACGAGUUCAAAGACUCCCCCCAAAACUUUGCAGGGAGAUUGGCAUCAUGCAACAAGGUUUUUAGGCCUUGAAGCAAUGUUUGAUUUGCUCGCUCCGCAAGUCCAUUCAUCCAUGGCGAUCUAGGUGUUGACAAGUCAUGCUGGAUUCCCUUCUCAGUCAGGAAAGCUUCAAACUGCUGAGAAGUGCACUCCCCGCCCUGAUCAGUAAAGAGACAGCCGAUACGUUUACUGUGAACAUUCUCCAACCAAGCACAGAAUGCCUUGAACUUAGGAAACGCUUGCGAUUUCUGCUUGAGCAUAAACACAUGAAUGUACCUGGAAAAAGAAUCAAUCAGAACCAUGAAGUACCUUGCUCCACCCAAAGAGGGCACAAGUGGACCAACCAGGUCUGCGUGGACUAGCUGGUAGGGUUUGGAAGCCUGCCUGCUAGACUCCUUGCCUUUUGGAGCAACCUUCACCUUGUUCUCUGCACAAGAUACACAUUUCAUGUGAAACUUACAGGGUUUGAUGUUCAAACCCUGAACCAAUCCUGGCAUCUUGGCCAGCGCCUGCCAAGACAUGUGACAAAAUCUUCUGUGUGCUUCAUGAAUGCAUCCUGCAUGAAGAAUUUUGUUAGUUUGUGCAACACAACAAGAAUCAACAUUAGACACAACAGCACCAUUGUCAUCAUAAGUUAUACAGAACAAUCCAUCUAUAAACUUUGCAUGCAAAAUGUCCUCUUUGCCUUUCCUGAUGACACAGACGCUCCUCUUGAAGGAAAUCUCAAAACCACGCCCAGUCAGCUGUGGGACACUGAGCAAAUUGUCUGCAGCACCUGGAACAUAAAGUACACCUUUGAUGGUUGUGUACAGACUUGCCAGUCUCACAGUCCCUUCUCCUGCGAUUCGCAACAUCUUUCCGUCAGCCAGGUGGAUCUCACCAUCUUGAGGUUUGAAGGAGAUAAAGAGAUGCCGGUCUUUUGCCAAAUGGCGGGUGCAUCCAGAAUCUACAAUAAAUCUGGCCUUGGCUUUUGGAGCAGCUUUUCUGGCAAGCAAAACCUUGUCUUCCACCGGCGUGGGCUUUUGCUGCUUGCCCCCCUGCUCCUGGCCAUCAAACUUGCCUUUAGCCUUUGGUGAAGCUGUGCCAGCAAACAAAGCCUUGUUUUCCACUGGCAUGGGCUCUUCACCCCCCUUCUGCUUCGGGCCAUCUGCAGGCAUCGGUCUCUGUUUACCUCUGGCCUUCCGGCCUCUGCAAAGGCGAUGACCUUGGUUCUCACGAGAAACAGAGCUCUCAGCUGCCGACUCCUUGGCUCCCCUGGAGGCUGGAAUGCUGCCUGGGAUGACAUCACAGUCAGCUCCCCCUGCAGCUUGCAACCGGUGCCCUCGGCAUCCCUGCAUUCACUCGCAUUCUGGGAAACAGCCAGGACCUCCGAUGCAGUCAAACUCUGGGCUGGGAUGAUUGGCAGAUGGGCUACUUUCAAAGCAUUCCACAUCUUACGUGCAGUGGUGUUGCCAGCUAGCGUUUUAAUUUCCUCCAGAGAGAGGAAAUUGGCCUUUGAAUUUUGGGCCCUCCAUCUAUCUGUCAGAGGAACUGGAGGGGCUUCAGACACAGUAUGCCACACUCCAAACUGAUGCAGCAAACUUUCACACCAUUUUGCCCAGGUCUCAUAAUUGUGCCGAUUUAACUUUGGGCACUCAGCAGCUUCAGAAGCUUGGAAAAACUCCAUUUCAUCUCUUCACUUGAGCCGUGAGCCUUAUUCACUUCAGAGGCUCCUUAUCUCGGCAGCUCAUAAAUCUUGAGGCCUGCUUGGCUCAACUCCCAGACCAAUUAGUCUGCCGGAGUUCAAAGAGACUUUGCCGUGCAGCAAAGCCUUCUUCCCACAUACCUCACAGCAGUCUGUCGCAGUCUUACUCUCCUGUAAGUGCCGUGAAUCUGGGCCCGAAACCUGUUGUUGGGAUACUGCCAGGGAGACAAAGUCCAUCAUGGCCCCCAAGUCGUCUCCGGACGUCCAUCGAUCUCCCGUAGACACGCAGUAUCAGCAGUUAGCGACACGAGCUCCAGAAAUAGCUUGCCACAUUCCAGAGCCGAUGCACGCUCUAUCAGCAGAUAAUGCACAGCGAAAGAUGCACGCAGGAGAGCAUUAUUUACAAGUUUAUUCAGCGUUGAUCAGAACAAAGAAAACAUGACUGCCUGCUUCAUUGUCACAGACACAGAGAGAGAAAUGAAAGCAAAAAACCCACAACAUAAACUUCCUGUGAACAGGAAAUACGCAGACUCUGUGACUCACAAAGCCUGCUCCCUUUUAAGGUGGAACGGAAAUAUCCUAACAAUCCUUACCCCCUCUCUGCCCACUGGUGUGGACAGACAGCAGAUGACAUGGAAUCACAUGUACACAUUGUACUGAUGUGUAAAUGUGAUUUACACAGCAGGGAAUAAAUAGCCUUGCUGCAUUUUAAGCCAGUAAUGUUUGCACAGCCUGUGCUGGAAAGAAAACUUUAGGGAAGCCUUUUCCAACCAGGUGUCCUUCAGAUGUUUUUAAUGACAACUCCCAUCAGCCCCAGCAUCAUAAGGUAAUGCUGAGCGAGGGCUGAUGGGAACUGUAGUCUAAAACAUCUGAAAGGCAGCAGGCUGAGGAAGACUGCCUUAGUAUCAGCAUAGAGUUUAGAAUUUAUUGCUUCUUGAAUUUCUUUCCUGAAUUUCUUUGUUUGUGGUCCUCUGCAGCCGUAGUGCGGCAUUUUUUAAUUUCCUCUGCUGUCUGCUUUACUUGCAAGGUACAGACAGGGGUUGUACAGGUCAUCUGAGAAGACGGGAAGAUGAUGGUUGUUCUUUGUUUUGGUUUUGCUUUCUGCAGUAUCCCCAACUCAUCUCGCCUCUACCACCUCGUGAAUUAGAACUGGCUUUCCUAUUCAUGACUUGGAGAAAUCUCAAUUAUUGCUUGGGUCAUCCAUUUUCAUAUAAACACGAGUGCAACAAAGCCAGAACUUCAAGGAGAGCAGGCGUCCAGAACAGCCAAUCUGUUCUGCAGAGAUAAAAUGCUGACUUCAGAAUUAAAUCUUGGCCUAGUUGCACUGCUUUGCAAAAACAUUUCUUUUUUAUAUCUUUCUCAAUGUUUUGAAAGUGGUGUACAUCAUGCCAACUUCUGAGAAAGCCCCCAAAUUAAAUCUGAGCUGAGCAAUUUGUUCAGCAUUGAGUCUACAUCAAAAUGUUACUUUGCCAGAGGGCAGCACCUGGUUUGCAUAUUUACAGUAUUUGUUUAUUUUUUAAAAAACAUUGUUUGCAUAUUUGAGUCGUAGGAAGUUAACAUAAAAUAUUCCUUUCUUGAGCAUGUUGACUACCACUCUAUGCAAGUGAUGGGUGAGUAUCACUUGAAUUCUAAGUUCUUGAAAGUUAAAAAUAAAUGACAGAGAAAUAAGUAUUUCUAAGGGUCUUUUUAAAACAAACAAACCAAAAACCCAAUAUUACAGUUUUCCUUUCGCCAUUCCAAUUUAAAACACAUCUGUGCAACCACGAGGGAUAGAAGAUUUGUUUUCCUACAAAUAUCAGAUUUUCGGAUUCUAGCUAGAACAUCACAUUUACAACAAAAAUCAUAUGAUUAACAAAUCAGUGUGGCAUUUAAAAUCUAUAAAAUGAUAUUAACAAAACUAACAAAAUAGCAACUAAAAGCUAAGCACUGUUAAGUUCAUCCACACGUUCUCCAUGUCCCCAAAGACUAUGGUCUUUAUUAAAAUACACAUAAAAUACACAUAAUGCCCACUGUUAAGCCAGAUCAGCCAGAUACUGGCUUGGGUACUUGGGUAGGGGGCCGUGGUGGAGGUGAUGGGGUUCUUGGGCCUACCACUAAUGGCAAGGUGGAUGCUGACUCUGGGUAGCCUGCCCCGUGGCCCCUUUGAUGAGGAAGUUUUAAGCUUAGUUAUUAUUAAUCUCAGGGUUGUGGCCUUGAGCACCAUUUGGGCACAAGAUUCCUACAUUGCAGAGGGUUGGACUCGAUGACCCACGUGGUCCCUUCCAGCUCUAUGUCUUUAUGAUUCUAUAUGUUGCUCUUGAUAAUCAGGAGGUCCCUUCCCCCUUGAGGAAUUCAGAGACAAGCCUGUCCCUCUAGUACUGAGUUGUGGCUGCCCUUGGUGUAGAAGCCGACCAAGAGGUCCAGCAGUGCCUGCUUGCUCACGAUGCUCUUGCUGUGUGGUGGCCCAUCCACCAGCAGGUGCUCCAGCUUCUGCCACACCUUGGUGGCAGCAGAGGAGGCUGCUGCUGAGGGCAGGCAAAUUUCUAUUUGGCUUAGCUUUUCUCUGGUUGGUGUGGUUUGUUAUGCUCUUAUACUUUGUAUUACCCUGUGGCUUUUAUUGAUUUGUUUGUUGUUCUUCUUAUUUGUCCUUUACUUGCUCGUUGCCCUGGAAGCCGUGUGCAGAAGCAGUGGGAUGUAAAUUUCUGAAGCCUAUUACUCAGGGCAGGAGUGAACUCCUUAUUUGUCUGACAACUUUUCUAUUCCACGCUUAAUUGUUUCGUUUUUCUUCCCGUUUCCAGCCAACCUGAUUCAAGGCCUGAAUUCCACAGACCCUUCUAUCCAGGAGAAAGCCACUGCAGACACAGAGAAAAGAUUAAGCUCCACUGCUGUCAAAUGUGAGGAUAAGCAGAAGCCCACAGUGGACAGAACAUGCAUCAAUACACGAGCCCCGGUAAAGCUACGCUAAUCCCCGUACCCUGAUGGUACACGGGACUUUGAACAAUUACAUCUUGUACUUUUAAGCUAUUAUAUAGCAAACCAGGUGAGACUUCUGUUUACAGGAUGCCACUUUUGCCUUUUGUCAAGUUUCUUUUCUUGGAAAAACUAUUUAAGGUUUCUCUGUAUGCUGCUAAUUGCUGUAUCAUUUCCCAACGUUGCUGAAAUGCACAUAAUAUUAAAACAAAAUGCCACUGUUACUUGAGAACAGUGUGUGUCAAUAUUAGGAGAAAUAAUAUCCCUUUUAUAGCCCUUUCCUGCUGUUUCCUUGCUUUGAUUGUUUGUCUCUGAUUAUUGUGUUUGCCCAUUCUCAUUGACAGUUCAGACUGUACUUGGGUGUAGCUGACUGAGGCCUGCAUCCACGUUGGCAGCACAGUUAGAUGUUAGUAGAUUGGCCUAUGCCACUUCUGACUGCAAUUGAGGGCUGCCAUUUUUUACCUUAAAAAAAACCUGCAAGUUGAAAAUAGCAUUCUAGCCCAGUCUUCUUCUUCUUGUGCUAAUUUUCUAAGGGUUUUUUUUAAUGGCAUUCCCUAAUUUGUAGCCUGCAGUGCAACAGACCAUUCUGCCAUUUUUGGGACCCUGUAAUCUCACCCUAUUUUGCAAUCUAAAGACAGUCUGACCAUUCUAUCACUAUGGGAAUCCGUCAUCUCAUUCCACCCCAUUGUUCUGCAUGUUUAGAUACAGACGGACUAACUUCCUCAAUCAGCUGUAGCAAAAUUAAACUGGCUCCAAUUAUGAAACUCAAAUACUUUUUUAUUCUGGGCUAGUAGAAGCUUGACACCCCCCCCCCCGCAAAAAAUAAAUAAAUCACUGAAAGCAGGAGUUUUCCUCAAACUGGGACGUUAAUUAUGAAAUGUACAACAGCAUGCCAUUAUUGCUGUUUUAAAGUGUCAGUCCACAAUGGCAAUUUACCCUAUUGAAGUGUCUGCAAAAUCCUUCUCCAAAUUGAUUUUAGUUUCCUAAGCCCCGAAUUACUGGGUGGGAGUUUGUUUUGUUUCCUUCCCGUGGCUUUUAAUGCUCCUGACGGAAUUAAUUUUGACAGCUGUUGAAAAUGUUCUUCUUUUUGAGAUUAUUAUAGGUUAUUAUUAUUUUUUAAGUGGCUUUGAAAAAUGAGCCUCAUUUUCUUUUCAUGCAGCAGGUACCAUUAAAAAACCCCCACAGCCAAGCAGUAUGUUGCAGCAUGCUCUUUUUUCCUCCGAACUUGCAACUAACUUUUUGCUUUGAUGUACCUCUUUUAGGAUUUUCCAGAUCAGCAGGAAACAAUGAAUCCAGGUAAGCGGCUCAAUACGUUGCUCCAGUGUAUUUUAAACUGGGAGUACUACAGGAAUCUCUGCGAUAUGCAGGUUAAACAAAGGAUGCAUACAUGUAUUGUAAGCAAGCUCUAGCCCAGGUUCUACAUUUGCCCAUGUAUGGGUGGGUCUUGAAAGAAAGCCAUAUCCCAAGAGACUCCUCUGCUGUUUUCAUUUGUGGGGACGCAUGGAAUGAAAUGGAACAGAUCCUGUUUCACAGAUUGGCUGCCCGUCUAUUGUCAACCUAUAGACCGGCUACCCCAUCAGAUACAUACACCUCUGUGAGGACGGAGUGUCAUGGUAGUAGCAAUUCUGAUGUUCUUUGUCAGAGCCCUACGAUUAAUUGCACAUGAGUUAAGGGGUGGGCAGUGUUGACAUGUCCUCAGACUCUUUCCCCUUUGCCUUGAUUGGCUCCUUGUUCCCUGUAUCUAGUUGAGGGACUGGAAUGCCAGUUAUCUCUACUAAUCCUGAGACAUCUUAUACCAUUAAAGCCACUUUUUCUUUUAAAUUCCCAAGUCAGAACUGGUUUCAUUCAUCUACAUAACAAGCCCAGAUGGCUUGCAUCUUCAGUGUGUGAAGAAGUGCUUUUCAGUAUCUUUUAAUCACUUCAUUAUGCAGAAACUAGAAAGACCCUGUCGCCUAGAAAUGUGGGUUUUUUGAAAUGUAGGGAUUAAAAUCACUAUCAGCGCUAUGGGUCUCUGUUUAAAUGGAAGCUUAUUACCCCUGUUCUGAUUUGAUGUCACAUUAAUGAAACAGCCCUUUUCAAUUUCCAUUUCACAUCUCAGAGAUGGCUUUGCUCUUCAAUUUUACCUUCAUCUUUCCCCUUUCCAAAGCGAUCAAGCUCUUUUUGUUUGAUUGAACUUGCAUCUCCACUUUCUUGGCUUUUAGAGAGUUUCAUGGCCGUUUUAGAAAAGGAUGCCAAAGAGCGAGCAAGGAAAAGGAAGCACAAUGAAGCCUUAGCAAACGGUAACAGUUUGGUUUUGACAUGUCAGGGGAAGGGAUGGGAGCUGUCUAGAAAGAAACCUUGGUUUUAUGUGAUGAAGCUGCUCUAUUUUAUUUAUUAUUUAUUUUACAUAUUUAUAAACCACUGUGCCAAAGCUAUUGAAGUGCUGCUGAAGAAAUACAACCUGUGCCAUUAAUAAUGAUUGUGCAACCCGUACAGCACAUAGGCGACAAUUAUUCACACAAUUAAUAUUCUUGUUCACCAUUUAUCAGAUUUGUGAGAAUAAGACAACUACUUACAAAAUCCCCUGAAAACUUAUAAGCUAUGUAAAAUAAAGUGAACUUGCAGUAUCAGAUUUUACUAAGUUCUUACAACUUCUUGACUCAAUUUUUGUUUUUUCUUGUUUUUAGGUAAGUUCAAGAAGAAGGUAGGUAAUUGACAGGGCCAGUUUAUUGGGGUUGGCUGAUAGUCCACUCCCUGAGCACAGUUUUCUGGGCUUCCUCAGUAGUCUUAAGCUAUUCAGUUCUUUAUGCUUAAGCCAAGAAAUUGUUUCUAUAACUACAUUUAGCACUAAUAGACACAUUAAUGGCUCAAGACUACUGAGGAUGAAAUAGCAGCUCUUCAACUUUAUGGAUUGCUAGGGCGAAACAGGGAUAGAACGCUGGCGCCCUGUCUUUCAUCUGCACUUCACAGCUACCAGGAACAUCGCUACCUUCUUGAACUUACCUAAAAAACAAGAAAAAACAAAAAUUGCGUCAAGAAGUUGUAAGAACUUAGUAAAAUCUGAUACUGCAAGUUCACUUUAUUUUAGAUAACAUAAGUUUUUAUGGCAUUUUGUAAGUAGUUGUCUUAUUCUCACAAAUCUGAUAAAUGGUGAAAAAAAUUUUUUGAACAAGAAUAUUAAUUGUGUGAAUAAUUGUCGCCUAUAUGCUGUACGGGUUGCACAAAGCUAUUGAAGUAGCAUACCAUGAGAUAAAAUAGAAAAGAUAAUAAAAACCAGUGCUACAGUUGUACACAUAAGAUUUCGUAAAAUGUCUGGGUCACACCUCAGGCUACAGAAGGAGGGUCCUGCCGCCACAGAUUCUGUGAACAGCACUGAUAAGGCAUAGUCAAAGAAUAAUGGAUCAUUUGACUGCUCAUGUAUCUUCAAAUAUAGUUUACGGUGGUCAAAUAUUUAAUAACGUCAGGUUAUUACAGCUCAGCAACGGCAACGAGAGUUGAUGAAGGUUUUAACAGGAUAUGAGAAUCUUGCAGCUCAAGUCCUAGUUGUUUAUUGUGAAUCAGGAUGUUGGUUCAUACCCCCCACCCCACCUACUUUCCAACCAACAUUCUGGGUCUUACCUAACAAAGGCUUUUUAUGCAUCUGGUUAUCAUUUCCACAGCACUGAAAGAAAAAGGGAACGAUGCUUUCAGCAAAGGGGACUAUGCACUGGCUAUUCAGAAGUACACUGAAGGCCUCAAGAAGCAAAAGGAUAUGCAGGUGCUAUACACCAACAGAGCACAGGUCAGUGUGGGGCAAGAACGACAAAUGAUGGCCACUUUAUCCCCACAGCAGGUAGUUGAUUUGGUGAUCUAAUCUUGAGUCUGAAUAUAACCAGUGCUAAACAUAAAGCCAUAGAUUCAUGGUUGCAAUUGAAACAGACCACCUGGUUUAUUGGUAAACGAUGCUUUAUCUGGAAAAUAAUAUUAUUUUCACAUUGGAAGAUUAUGAACUUGGAAGGAAAACAUGGCAAUGUUAUUCUAGUCAUUUGUAACAUUGGGUCACCAACUCCUGCCAGAUCUCCUGCAUUUGAAAUGCAUUCAUUUUCUUUAUGCAUUGCAUGAUCCCCAGGACUGUAUAGCCUUGGCUUACUUUUGCCCUCCCUAGUACCCACCUAUCUGCCAACACAUCGCCUGCUUCUCUCAUGAGAAUUGCACAGCUGAGCAUCAGUGAUGCCCGUUUUCAGGCAAAUUUUGACUUUGGGAAUUGGCAUAGGGGCAUUUUCCAUUUCCAUCACAACAUUUUCUGGUGCCCCACAGAAUUGUCUAAAUUAGCAUGUUUAUUUAGCAAACAGUGCUAACCACUGAAACUUUCAGGCUUGCCAAAUAUUGUAUUUGCGAUUUCAAAUUACGUCCAAUCAUGUGCAGUAGUCAGAAGCAUCAUCUGCUUAUGCAAUCUGGGACCUGGAUAUUCGAAAGGUUUCCUCUGCCUAUGUGAAACCAUCCCAAUGCCCUUUUAAAAUGUGUUGGGCUAUUGGGUUGUUGUUUUUAUUUUGAUUAUGUAUUUUGUGGUUUUAUAUUCUGAUUUUAUUCUGGGAAAUGGCCUGAGACCUGCGGGCAUAGGGCAGUAUAUAAAUUCCAUUAAUAAUAAUAAUAAUAAUAUCAUCGAAGGUUGCCAUUUCAGGUCCCCCUCCCCAUGCCCUGCCAAAAAGAAAUCAGACUCUCUGGGCUUGUGCCAGAGAUUGGGCCUUCUCCAUGCUGGCACUAAGAUUUUGCAAUUCCCUCCCCAGGGAUAUCCAACAAGCCACAUCUUUGUCUAUUUUUACAUGGACUUUAAAAACAUCAUUGUCCCUAAAUGUUUUUUUUAAUGUUUGUUUGUUAUUGGUUACUUUCUUUUUAUGCUGUGCUGCUUUAUUAAUUGUGAGAUUUUGUUGCUUUUAUUAUUUUAAUUGUAAAUUGUCAUUCAGCGAAUCUGUUCUUAAAAGGUGGGAUAUGCAUAUGUAAAGUAAAGAAAUCAAUAAAUUGUGCUAGUUCUUAUGGAUACAUAAGAAGGAUGCAUAUAUAAGAGGCAUGACAGGUUCAAAAGAAAAGUAUAGAUUGGUGGGAUUACCGGUAGUAUAGCACAGUGGGUUUUAAAAAGGGGUGGUAUUCAGCUAAGUAUUGAAUACACUGUUGUUUGCAUUAGUCUGUCUCAAGAGAUAAUGGAGCGCACCUCUGGGGGUGAAGUCAAACCACUGUGUUAGCAACACCAACAUGACCUCCCUGGAGUGCAAGCCUAGGCAGUGUGUCUUCUUCUUCUUCUUCUUCUUCUUCUUCUUCUUCGGCAAUCACUCGUAGUCGAGUAAGAUUGUUUUCCAUAAACACGAUUUUAACAAUGAGUCUGUAAGUGACUGUGGAGGGCAGUUGUGUGUAUGGAGGUCCUGGUCUACCCAGACGACAAGGCCCUCAUCUUGGCCUCGCUGAUGUGGUCCAAAGGGGAAAAAAGAGCAAUAUGUUUGGCACCAGCUUGACUGCAGGAGUUGACAGAAGGAGGCGUACAAGGCGCCAUGCAUCUGUCUUGGGAGAUUCCACUCCAGAUUUGUGUAGAGUUUACUUCUUAGCCUUUUCUUCUCCCAAAGAUCUCCCGUAGCAUAGCGGUGGUUUAGGAUCAGUGUUUCCUUCUCCUACCUUCCCAGGUUAAUGAGCCCCAUCUGCCCCUUUCUUCCCUCUGCACACAGCAGGUGCAGUAGCUGCCUUUUUAACAGUUUGACCUACUAUUAGUUUCAUCUGCUCAAUCUGCCAGAGUCUGUCUUCGCAUGCAGGGGAAGCCCCUAACUAACCAAGGGUUUGAGACCCAUCAGCUACCAUCACCUGGUUGACCAGUCGAAGUCGUAUCCCAGGGUGUGGCCUCUGUUACAUGCUGACAGCUUCUAGGUGCCACAGGUGAUAGCUGAGUGCAGGAUGGAGACCAAAGGUAAAACUCAAAGUGUUUGCCCUAUUUCCAACCAAUACCCCUUUGGAGGCACAAAUAAUUCAGCUAAAUGUGCAUUACAGUUGCUCCUUUGAAAUGUUAGCCAGACCUUCAGCACCUUCUAAUGAGAACAUAGGCAUAGUCUUUGUGGGCCUUUCUAGCGUCUAAGCAUGUUCAAAAUGAGCUACAAGCAGCUCUGUGCAAUUCUUGCGUCACCUUUCACAUUCCUUAUAAUAGGAUUUGAUGUGCUUCAUUUCUUGCCAUGUUCUCAACAAUGAAUAUUAAUAGGAUAUCUAGGAGAAAAUAUGGUCGAAAGUUACUGGCAGAAUAUUGCAGACUCUGCUCUUUGACAAAGCUCAUUCAAUUCCACUUAUCCUGCAUUCUGCUCUGUUAAAGGGGAUGCAACUCAGGCAUGCUACAUGGCUACUGCUGACAUCCUGAAAGAUGCUAAAAAAUGAAGCCAAAUUCUGUGGUACAAAAGUGGUGUAAGACAGUGUGCAUCUGUGGCUCCUUGGCGGCUCUUAAAAUAUCAGAGUCCUUAGAUAUUUUUGUGUGUAUAUGUGUGUGUGUGUGUGUGUGUGUGUCCAUUAGCAGGUGAACCAAGCUUUCCUGGUCCCAACAUGUCAUAGAGUUGGGGAUCUGACAGGCUUUACACACUGGAAAGCAUGGGGUGUGCCGGGGCAAGUUGCUUCCCUUCCCUUGGGGUAUAUCUUGGUCACCAGGUUGUCCACUACAGCGCCUAACUGGCAGCAUAAAAACUCCAGGACACAUUAUUUGAAAGCUCGCAAAGUGCCACUGCUCAUUCUUCAUAAAGAACUCUAUGCACUUCACAUCAUGAGUGGAACUCUCCAGAUCUGUACUGUCAUUUUGUCAAGCAUUUUAAGAGGCUAUUACAUCAUGUGGUUGGUCACGAACUCUUAGAUUCAUCUCUCACAGGACAGCCAACUGAUGCAAAACACAUCUGUAAUAUUGUAGUUUUGACCUGCAGCUUUUUGAAGAGCCAGAUUCCUCUGAUUUAGGACUUUAACUCUUAAAUGCCUUUGUAGGAGGAACAGCUUCUGUUCUAAUUAAUGGUGCUUUUGACAAUAAUUGAAACAGGGCUGGAAUUCAUUGCCUUAAACCCAGAGGCACAGAGGACCCUUUCUGAUCAUGGGUUCAAUGCUUUUUGACCUCUCCCUGUUUUCUCUGGUUUAAUUUAAUUGAAGACUCUGUGAAGGUUUGCCUGGGAGAGUAAGGAGCAUCUCUCAAGGGUUACUUUUUGUAGCCUUUCCAGAGUGUGUGCAGGUUUUAUCACUUUAAUUGAGUUUAAUUAAUUAGCUGAGAUCAGUUGAAUACUUUGAACAAGGAAAGAUUCACAAAAAUGACCUGGCCUUUAGUUAGCAACUGUACUUCAACUUAUAGUCCUCUGUCGAUCCAUUUUGUUUCAGGCCUACAUCAAGUUGCAAGACUAUGAAAAAGCUAUCAGUGACUGUGACUGGGCUUUAAGGGUAAGAGACCCCCUACAUUUCUCAGCUGGCCAGUGCUGAAGAGGGAAAGUGUUGGGUACAUUCAGCCUAGUGAUGUGUGAAUGAGACAAUACAGGUGAUGGAGGGACUGGGUAGAUCCAUCUUCCAAGCUAUUAAAUACAAACCAACCAUUAAAAGAAAAAAGUACCCCAAGGAAAGUUUAGGCAGCCAGAUGAGGCACUUUUCAUGGCACAGGGAGGUAGUAGCUAUUCUAGAGCAUUGUGAGAAAACUCUCACGCUUUUCCAAACCUCUGUGCUUAACAACCCUUUGUUGCCAUGAACCUCUCUGUUGCUUUGUGAUGGCACUUACAGAUGACAGUCAGGCCAGGUAGAUGAGGAUCUGCACUUGGAUCAAGGGGUCCUUGCUGUUAGGCAACCCAGUCACUCUCUCAAACCAUAUUGCUGGUGGUAACAUGGCUAUCAUGACUAAGCUACUAGUCUUGAAUAUAUUACUUCCCUUACCAGUUGCUGGCUAUCACAAAUGGGGAGAGUUCCAUUACUCUCAUACCUUACUGGUGGGCUUCCUAGAGGUAUUUGGAUGACCUCUGAGAACAGGAUGCUAGACUAGAUGCACCAUCUAGUCCAGUAGAUGUUCACAUGCCUGUUCUAUAAAAUGGAAAUCUCAGGAGGUCAAAAUGUGCUGAAGAUUCCAAAAUUAUUCGCAAUUAAAGAAAGGUGUUGCAUUGGUUAUGAUUACUGGAUUAAAAUUAAGUCCUAUGCUUCCUUAAGAGACACUGAGUUGUCUUCCUGGACACAGUUUCUGACUUUUCAUUAAAAACCUAAAUGAGAUGCUAGAUGUCCCAGAGCAGAGAGGUUUAACAUUUAUAUCUCUCCUUUAUGGAACAAAUCUCCCAAUUUCUCAUUUGUUUCAAUUCAAAUAUUUAAUUAAAGACUGAUAUAAUUCAUGAUAAAUUAAUUACCUUGUGACACUUUCUAAGAUACGUGUAAAACUUGAAGAUUAAUAUUCUUGUUCAGUUCCCCGAGCAUAUGUGACAUUGACAUAUUCACUUGACACCCGGAACAAGGAAGAGCUGAACGAUGAUGCAUUUUAAGUGAUUUUUUAAAAAUUCUGAUUUCCAUUAAGCAGUGCAUUGCUGACAAAGCUCAAUUGUGUCACCUCAGAUAUAUUAAGAUAUUCAUGAGUUUGUGGCAUUCACUUAAGGCAGAAGAGACCAGCUGAUCCGCUGCCAUUUGAAAUCUGAUUUUCUUGGUUCUUUAAAAAGCCCACAAAACUUAUACUGGAGUACAGGAAGUCAGAAUACUGUUCCAGCUAGCUCAGUAUUGUCUACACUGUCAUUUGCUUUCGGGGUUUCAGGCAGCGGGUGUUCCCAGCCCUCCCUAGAGAUGGAACCGCAGACCUUCUGCAUGCAAAACAGAUGCUCUUCCGUGAGCUGGGGCUCUUUCCUCCAAUCAGCAAGGGCCUGUUUCCACUCUCAUCAGUAUUUAUGCAGUCACCCUGUGAGAUUCACUCAGCCAUAGGCUCCCGUAUGAUCACCUGGAGUGAUUCCUCAGGCAUUUGUGCUCCUUGGCCUGCCAAGGUGGCACCCUGUUUUCCCUGGAGGAUUCCUAUGCUGGGGUUCCAUAGAAUGUCUUACAGCUUGUCCCUCCCACAGAGCUGGAAGAGGAGUUAUGCCAGGCAACUCUUUCCUGGAUUGCCUGGGAAAUGCACUCCAGCUGCUACUUCCCAUGUAGUCAGCUUGCUUAUUGCAGAUUAAAGUGCUCUUCCAAGAGGUCCUCUAUGUUGUAUGUGGGUGGGAGUGAUGUUGCUGUUUUUGGCUGAGAAUCUGCAGUUUCACAGCCGUAGGGUUAAUCUGGUUGUGCAUUUCCCCAACUCAGUUCCUUUCUCUUUGUCCUUUCUCGAUGAAUAAUUUCUGCUUAUUUUGUCAGGGUUCCAAGGGUAUAGCCCUAUAUCCUGAUCUGACUAGGAUUUUUCAUCUCCCGCCAGUCUUUACUGGCUUUUGACAUUCUGUGUUUGGGGCUGUUCACUCCCCAAAGCCAGAAGGCACAUUAACGCCACUUCUUGCAGCCCUGCCUGUCAGUGGAUGUUGAGUGAAUGUUGUCCUUGGCUGUGAUCCUGUAAGUACCUGCAGCCAAAAGCUCCUUUGUCUUCCAAUGUUGGUGUUGCUGUCCCAGUCAUUUGCCUUUAAGAUGAGAAGAAAGACUAAUGUCCACUUAGGAUUUGAAGCCUUGAAAGCUUUCUGAAAGAUUGUUUUUCCUGCCACUUGUAAUAUCAUAAGUGAUGUUGAUUUAGCGGGGUGAGGGUGGAAGCACUAGACAGCAGGCCAGCAAAGGUGCAGCAAAACAGCUGCUUUCCCCAAAAGUCUGGUGAGUAUCUGUCAGUAUAAGUGAUGACCACAUUUCAGUAUAAUUUCCUGCCAGGGUGGCUGAACAGCGUUUUAGAUGUCCUGAUAGCAGACACCUUUAAGAAUUAGAUCAAUCUGGGAGCCCGUCAGUUUGUUGUUGCAGCUUACUUGGAGACUCUGCAGAUGUGAGAUUUGGAUCGUGGGACCAGCCGUUUGACCUUGACUUUGAACAGAAAUGUGUUGGCAGGAAGGUUUGGUGUCUGCCCUUGGCAUGACUAAUGCUUUGCUGGAGCAGCUGCAUGAGAAAAUGAACUUGAUGCAUGAAAAAUUGGACCUGAUGAGUGCUGUGGCCAGUGAAUAUGAUUUAACAGGGAAUAAGGAUAAAGAAGUUAUACAGCGAUCAAUUCAGGAACCUGGUUUGACAAGGCAAGUCCAAGGGCAGAUGGAGAAAGAAGAGGCAGUGAUUACUCCUCAAACAACACAAAUGGAAAGAUCCAAAGUCCUGCAGGAACAAAAGCUACUGCGUUGGAAGAUUGAACUUGGAGACUGCCGGGAAGUAUUUGAAGUCAAGGAAGCUUUUAACUCUAGUGGGACUAUGAAACAGGUGAACAACUAUCUUCUGGAUAAAUAUUUUUUGGAUUACAAAGAUGAAGACGGGGAGUGGGACUGGGGGGAAGGGGCCAAUCUGAUGAAGGAAAAUGGAAACUAUUACCGGAUGGAACCCUCCGGAGACCCACUCCCCAAGAAACCAACAAUUGACAAAGAAGUGCGCAAGCACAAACAGGAACAAAAAAAUUGCAGAAGGGGCCUAGAAGAGAUUUAAGGGCCUCGGACAUUAGAACACCAGAUUGAUGGACUGGAUGUAAUGGACAGAAAGGACUGACAUGACCCGAAACCAGGAAGAAGGGACAUUGGAUAAAAAUUAGAGAUAUCAAGGGAAAUUCUUUUGUUAAUUUUGGAAUUAGUGCAACAUUAAUGAAAUUUGAGGGAAUAUGCUGGAAAGGAAUUAAAUUGGCUUUAGUAGAAAUGAUUUUAAGGAGAUAUGUAUGAAUAUGAUGUAAAUUUUGAAAAUUUAAGAUUUUUAAGAUAAGAAAAGGUUAAAGAGAUUAAGGUAAAUUGAAUAACAGACUAUAUUAAAAGAUGGAAAGGUUAUCUUGAUUAAUAAAUAAGAGAGAUUGUGAAGAUUAAUCAUUUAAAUUAAAAUUGAGAAACAUGGGAAGAAUUUGCUGAAAUAACGAAUUAAACUAGAAUACAAAAAGGGAGGUGUGAGGAGGUUCAAGAAUUAAGCAAAUGAAAAGUUGCAAUCUGAGAUUUGUAUCUUUCUUCUUUCUUUUUUGGGUUUUUUCCUCUUGUUCUAUUUUUUGCUGUAUAUUUUUCCUCUUUUUUCUUUUUUUUCCCUCUGUGUUUCUUGUUUUUCUUUUUGUGUUUAUGUAUUGAUGAAAUUUUGAAUAAAUAUCACUCAAAAAUAAUAAUAAAAGAAUUAGAUCAAUCUAUUUGAUUUCACUUCUUGGGCCCCAAGAGAAGCAUCGCUGCCUUCUAAUUACAACAUACCUGCUGCACAGGUUCACCGUUUUGUGCUCAGGGCUUGAAAAAGAAACACGACAACAGACCAUUACCAGCUCUUCAACUGCCAGUCUAUGGUUUCCCAAACUUGGGUCUCCUCCUCUUUUUGGACUACAACUCCCAUCAUCCCUAGUUAGCAGGACCAGUGGUCAGAGAUGAUGGGAAUUAUAGUUCAAAAACUGUUGGAGACCCACGUUUGGGAAACCCUGUUUCAGUCAAUCUGGAGACAUUUUCAAGUGGCUAGAAUGUGGUUUCUUAAAAAUUUUGUUGGCUGCCUUGUGUUUUGAAUCAUGGCCAAAGUCCAGGCUCCUUAGCAUCCUGCAGUGGCAUUCCUUCUAAGGGUGGUAGGCAGUUGGUUAGCAUGGCAUUUCCCUAUGAGUCUGGGAAAAGCUGGAACUCAAGGGCAGAGCACAUACCUUGCAUAGAUGAGGUCCCAGGUUCAAUCCCCAACAGCAUCACAAGGUAGGGCUAAGAAUGUCCCUUGCCUGAAACCCUACUAGUCAGUGUGACUGGGUGGGCCAAUAGUCUGACAUGGUAUAAGGCAGCUUCCUGUGUACCUGGACUUUGUCCUGGCUUGGUGGGACACUUUAUUAUAAGAUAGUACUCUAAAGGUACGGAACAACUGUCAGUUUGUAGUAACUGACUGUUGCCGUUAUUGUGUAGUGCCAGGUCAAUAGUGGAGACCGAUAGCUGAAGGCUUAACUGAAUAAUUCUGUUCAAUACAGUGUGAUGAAAAAUGCAUCAAAGCUCUCUUCCACAUGGGGAAAGCAUAUUUGGCCCAGAAGCAGUACAGUAAGGUAAGACCUGUUGACUUUUAGGCAUUCAUAUCUGUUCUAUUCCAGUUUAAACAUUCAUUUAGACAGUUAUCCAGAAUUCUCUCGGUUUUCACACGGCUGACUUCUGUUUGUUCUUACAUGCUUAUAUGUUUUUAGAAAGAAAGGCGAGCGCCAAAAAGAAGGUAUGCUAAGCAGCCUGGUCCUGAUGAAAUCAUGUUCAGAAUGUGUAGGUUUCCUGCUUUUGCAGUUAACUUGCUGACAAAAAUGUUGCAAAGCUUUUUUAUGGGUUUUAUUUUAAAUCACUGGUUGUCUCUAUUCUAAAGGAGGAAAAGCAAAGGAGUUGAUCCAUGUCUGGGUUGGAGAUACCCAGGAGAAAAAGUAGAAUUUCCUUUCUAGUGCCUGUCUACAGGAAUGUUUGAUAAUGAAUAGAUUCAGAGCAGGCAGGGAGGGGAAAAUGUAACCCUUUCUUGCCCUUCUUUAAAUUUAACCUAUUUCCUCUGAAGUCAGUAUUUGCAUUGGGAGGAAAUCCCCCAUUGAUGGAUCUCCUGUAAUUGUCCCUCCUGUAAAAUCUUGCCCUUUUGCUUUCAGUCCAGAGAAUGCUACCUGAAGAUUUUAGACAUUGAUCCUGGAAAAGAGAAGCUGUGCAAAGGUAAGGAGUAUAAAGAGCCUUUCACUUUCCUGCUGCUGUCAUCCUGCUGUCGACUUUAAACUAACUUCCUGUAUUUUGAAACACGAUGUUUGUACUUUUGGCUUGCUGCUACUUAAGCACCAGGACCCGACACUUAAUUGGAACACCGUGCUUUACGUUCACUGAAAUCCGUUCCAUUAGUUUUUGCUAUAGGUUAUGUGUCCUGUUUAGGUCUACAUCCCCCACCCCUUUGGACUUUCAGACUACAUACACCAAGUAGACCUGGAGGAGAAAAGGCAGCACGAGGAGGAGAGGGCCAUGGAGGAGCUUGAAUCUGGAAAACACACAGCUGUGUCAGUGAAGGAGUUGCUCCAGAAGCUCCGCAUCCCUGAUGAGAACAUUCUGUACUAUGCGGAUGGGAUUAGGCUUCUGACUGCGUUGAUGCAAGACUGUGAGUACCCCCAGGAUGUGCAUAUAAGUAGCAGGCCUCAUGUUUGAGAGGUGCUCAGCACUUGUGACCUGAAAUGCUGCUUACUGAAAGCCUCAAAGAACACUGUUUUGAGUGGUUUGUGCUAUGCUGCUUGCUGCUCCCUCUGUCAGCCCUGACUUUAGUGAUCUUGUUUCUUAUCUCUGGGUAUUGGGUGAGCAUGUCAUGAUACUUCUCUGACAUGAUUAUCUUUGAAUUUGUUACAGGCACUGAGCAAGCCUUAUUUAGGACAAACAAUGGCUUCAGUAUCAUCAAUGACAACGCAGUCGUGCAACGGUAAGGUCUCUCAGGUGAAGAGAACAGAAGGGUGUUACAGGCCAGAGCAAUAGCAAGUCUAUUUCCAAGAAACACAAUCGCCCGUAUGAAAUUCAGAUGGGCUGAUCAGCCGAUAAUGUGGCAGCCAGUUGCAAAGUUUUACUGACUUCUAGGUGACCCUUUGCACACACACAAAAAUCUGCUCUUUUGGAUGUGUAAAGGAAAAUUGACUUUGGUGCAUCCUCCAUGCUCCUUCUGAAGGCUUAGUCUUUUUAAUUUGUCAAGCCUGUGGGCAAGUGUAGGUUAGGAAAGCAUAACAUAAAAGGGUAUCAGAUCUAGGAGUUCUAAAGCACCACAUUCACCCAAGGAGGAAGACCUCCACUAGUUUCAGCCAAAGGCAGUGUACACUUUGCUGAUUUUCACCAGGAAGGGAGUUCAGGCCCCCUUUGCUCUAACUGCUGGAACUUUUUCUCAGUAUCUCUUUAAUGUUUUUAGAAUCAAAGCAGAGGAUCUUCCUGCAGGAUUUAUGAGCUCCUUGCUUCAUAGUGUUUCAUUUUUGCAAUGUGCUAAGUUGUACUUCUUGAAAAGCAAUAACUCUGGUGACUUUAAGUUCUACUCUCAGCUGCCUAAAUCUGAUGCCAGGAGGAGAUCAAAGACAUUUGUUCACUGCUGAUUUCUUUUUAAUUCUUUCGGAAAACAGAACAAAGAGAGAUCCAGGGGAGCUGUAAGUGGAAUGAGUGAAUGCGAGCAAAAGCCGUCUGUGCAAAAUGUAAUAGUAACUUGAAUGGUAUCUUGAAGUCUGCAGUGAUUCAAUCCAUUAGGAUGGGAAGAAUCUUUUAAUGGCCUUCUGGGAGAAAACAGGAGGCCUCUUGUAAGGCACCUGGAGAAAUGUUAAAGCUUAGAACUGAGGUAUAAGAACAUAGGGAGCUGCCUUAUAUUGAGAAAGACCAUCAGUUUUUGCUUUCUAAGUAGACAGAUAAAAUCCUGCACUCUCUGCUGGUGUGGCCCUGAGUGGUGUGGGGGGAACAAUUUUUUUGCCAGCAUAACAUUGCUGUGUAAAUAAAUACAUGGCCUGGCUGGGCAACAUCCAGCCUGAGAAAGCACCUUUCAUGAUUCAAAAGCCUGCACCAAUGUUUUAAACCCCAGUUUGUCCAAACAAAAGGCUGUGCCUCACUUGCUUCAUGUUUCCUUAUUCUGUGGGACCAACACAUCUCCUAGGACCUGCCCCUCUCCUUGAUGUUUAAUGAACCUGUUUAUUUUCCAGGGUUUUCCACACCAAGACAAAAUCUCCUGAUGAAGUGGAGCUGUUUAUUUCCAUUCUCCUUCUGUGGCAAGCAGCCUGCAAAGACAAUGGUAAGCAACAUCAAUUAUUGUUAAUGUAUUAUGAAUACGGCUUUGACUCUGCUUGGAAGCAUUGUUUUCAGUGAUUCACUCCUGCGAGUGCUCAUCUUUCCAAGAUCCUGCAACAAAGAUUUGCAGGUCAAAUGUAAUUACGGCAAGUACAGCAUUAGCAGUGAGCCUCUGGACUUCCCACUAACAACUCCCUGAGGCCCUUCACAAAGCUUCUGCCCAUUAAACUUUUUAUAUUCAACCUGCUUCUGGGAACUCCCACCUUGGCCUCCUCUUUGCUUGUGCUUGGACAAGCACUUUCUUAGCUAUUAAUAACUAAUAGUCCUUUGUAGUUAAUAAUGGCAGUGGUGUAGCAAGAUUACCCCAGGGGAGAGGUUUUGCAUCAUCUUAUUGUCUUUUGUGUCCAUGUGGUUCUGAAAAUCCUUGACUUAAGUUAUGUGUCAGUGCCAGAUUGAAAUGGUUAGACAUGGCUCAGUCUCACAUUUGUGUUAGACAAAGGAGUCCGGCUAGCGUCAAGCUUUCUCUGAAGGCAUGUUCUCAGAAAUGAGAUGGUUGCAGGAUAGAGCCAGAGGGACCAGAGGUUUCUUUCUUUAGGGAAUGGACUUUCAAAAAGAUGGUGGAGAGAAAUAAGCUAGACAAGUUUCUGGAGCAUGAAGUUGUUCAAAUUAAGCCUUAAGCUGCACUUCUUGUGUCCUCCAGUGAUGCUUGAAAGGUAGGACUAAAAGAGACAUGUGAAUUGCUUCUCAUGUAUGAAUGAGAUAUAUAAUUUGCCCUUUAGAAAUGGCACGAGGGAGGAGAGAGGGAGGGAAAGGGAGUAAUGGAGAGUGCAGACAGAACACUCUUCCUUUUACAUUACUCCUACAGACAUAUCCCUCAAGCAGAUGACAGAGCAGUGCUCACAUAGCUGAGUGAUUUUGGAACAGAGACAAAAUUGCUGACAAAAGACUUUCAGAGCACCUGGUGGAGCAAGCUGAAAUUUUCUUGUUUUUCUUUCUUGUUUUCUUUUCCAGAGGAGAACCAGCGCCUGCUUCUCACUCAUCCUGAUGUCAACCUGCAACUUCCUUCUCUGUUGCUCUCUGAGGUGCCCAAAAUCCAAGAAGAGUGCUUAGCCCUGCUUUCUCUCUAUGCAGAAACAGAGAAUGGGAGGAUCCUGUUGGUCCGACACCUGGACACAACUAGGUAUUGUAUUUUAACCUGGCUUGCUUAAGCAGUCCCAGUCCUUCUGCAGAAACAAGGAAGAGCAGGAAAAAUUGUCGGGGAUGAAACAUUCAUGUUGGGGCUCAGUCUCUGAAGCUGAGAUCACGAGCAGUACAAGCAUCCUAUGUAUUUUCAGUCCCAGUGUUAGCUUCUCAGACUGCUUGGAAUGGGACCUUGGUUUUUAAAGUUUGAGGAGCAUUCCUUCAGCAUCUUUUGCUUUUGGAUUGGGAAUUGGGCUUGUCUUCAUUGAGUCUGACUUGACUUCCUUUUUUCCAGUUUCUGAAGAAUCUUGCAUUUGGCCUUGGGGCUUGCACUUCACUUUCCAGUGUUUUGUCAAGCAGCCACUUACUGAGGGGUGGGGAACAAUUUUCAGAUUGAGGGCUACAUUCCCUCAUGGGCAGCCUUCAGGGGCCACAUGUUAGGGGUGCUUGAGGCAAAAGUGGGCAGAAUAAUAGGUGUGACAGAAGGGUACAUUCUAGCCACACAAGCACCAGAAUUGCCUGCCUGCCUCCUUGUAUCUCUCUCACCCCUCUCUCCAUCCAGGCAAGCAGGAGACCUAGUCACAGUUAAGCACUUGAAGAGGGGGACAUAUUCUGUAAGAGUUCCAAGGGCCAAACAGAGAGGCCCAGAGGGCUGGAUUUGGCCCCUGGGCAUGAGGCUCCCCACCCCUGUGCUCAUCCAAUCCUACACACCAAGGCUGUCCCUUUGGGUGGAAAGCAGGAAAAGGAAUCGGGGUAGGGAGAUUCUGCUUCCUCCUCCUUCAGCAAUAGCUCCUUCCAGAGAGCCAGUGUGGUGUAGUGGUUAAGAGUGGUAGACUCGUAAUCUGGUGAACCGGGUUCGUGUCUCCGCUCCUCUACAUGCAGCUGCUGGGUGACCUUGGGCUAGUCACACUUCUCUGAAGUCUCUCAGCCCCACUCACCUCACAGAGUGUUUGUUGUGGGGGAGGAAGGGAAAGGAGAAUGUUAGCCGCUUUGAGACUCCUUCGGGUAGUGAUAAAGCGGGAUAUCAAAUCCAAACUCUUCUUCUUCGUCUCCUUCGUGCUGGGCACCAGAGUUCAGAAGUGCCAAAGCACUUAUAGACAAGCUGAAGCAAAAUGUCUGCUCCUUAAUUUCUUUAGGGAAACACACAUCGAUCUCCCUGGGUCCUCCCACCCACAGUAAUAAGUUUGCUGGUAAUAAAGAAAAAUUCCCGCUGAGAAAAAAGAAACACAGUCUCUGGUGUAAAUGACAUCUCAGUGGUGUAAUUAAAAGCAAAACACUUCACUGUUUUGCAUUGUUUGUAAGCCUAGCCAGGAAUUAAAAGGCAUCUCAGUGUGUUGAAGAAGUCCCAUCUGGUAUCAUGGUAAAAGGCUGUGCUCUUGCCUGCUUGGAAAGUGUGGUUUAAGCUUGUCUUGUUUUGCUAUAGCCCUACAUGGCGGAUGGAGCAGGAAUUUGCAAAGGUUUAGCAGAAGGUGAGGUGUAGAUGAAUUUGCAGCCGUUCGGGACUCAAAGCUAUUCUCCUGGCAUUGAGGGUGCCAAGACAGCGGCAGACUGAAUUCCUAUCUAUUCUCUCCCAGCUCUACCAUAGCUGCUGUAUUCUCUGGGUGCUACAUCGCCGCUAUGGCAGAUGUCAGGACCAGGGAGUGAAUGAGCUGCAGCUGCUUUCUCUCUUGCUGCUUCUUCAAGAGAUUUAAAGGUCUAUCCAGUGUGUCUGAGAACAUUGCUCUCGUUAGGGCUAUAAUACACAGGACAGAGAUGACAUUUUGUGCUAACAACCUGGUUGUUAAGCCAGUGCAUGAAAUGCUACGAGUGAAGGAAAACACUUUUUUUAACCUAACUGAUGCUACUCAGAUAAGUCAAGCACAAGGGACAUAAAAUUCUUACUUUUGCAAAUGUGGUAAACCUCAUAUUGAAGCACCUUUUUGCAGUUAAGAUACCAGGCAUAUCACUACAAUUGCUUAUAUAAGCAUGUGUUUCCAACUGCAAUCAGGACAGAUUUUAGUUAUUGACUUGAUCUUGGAGAAAAAGAUCCACUUGCAUUCUUCUUGUGCUUCAUUUGGACCUUGCAUCAAUAUUUUUUUAGUUUUAAGCUUGUGCUAGUCGAUUUGGAAAUUGGAAUCAAUAACUUCUAGGACUAUAGUGCUACUGUGCAGCAUUAAAAAUGUGUGCAAAAGGGAUAAUCCACUUCGAUUUGCUGUUUUUAACUUGGACAAUCCCCCCAAUUGAAGAAUGACAUAAGUUCAAAUACAUCAUUUUGAAAUCACAGAGGAACAAAAGACAUUUCUAACACUUGUACCAACAUUUUAUAACAUGAAGUUCCGACACUGAGGCAAAUGCAUUUUUUUAAAAAAAUAGAAUUUCUAUUCAUAAUGCAGCUAUAUUUUGGUGAGUCAGACUCCUUUGUCCACUUCUGUAGAAAAGACCCAACACUUCACUGACCGCUUACUGUUCCAGAUGACAUAAUUUGCCUGUCUACGCCAAUGAAUUGCUUGUCUCACCCACCCACUCUAGCUAUUUCAUGUGAUUUUCUUAGCAUGAAAGAAGGUGCAUCAGAGAUACUUGGACUGAUAGUUUUCAUUGGGAGAGUGAUUGCUUUGAGUAUAGCUUGGGUUUGUUUCCUUUCAGUGAUAAGAACUCACUAAAACUUAGUCCUGUUCUCCCUCCUUCCCUCCUCACCUCUCUGUCUGUCUGUAUGUCUGUCUGUCUCUCUCUCCCCCCUCCCUCUCCUAGGUGCCUAGUACAAAUAAAAAUUCAAGGUGACUUGGAAUUCAAAUCCAAGGCUUAAGCAGCCCAAUCGGGAUUCUACCCUGCUUGCUUACCUCUGCUAUCUCACUGACCCAAGACAUAUUUGGCUUUGUUUUUCAGGUGGCUACACAUCUUUAUGUCCUUCAUCAAGGUUUUUGACAGCAGAGCUAGAUGUGCCUUGAAAUUGCUGACCAGCUUAGUCCCAGAAGAGAAGUAAGCUGCCCUUCUUAGAUUCCUUCCUCAUCCAGAACUAGUUUUGGGAGUUUACUGAAUCCUGACAAUCAUGACUAAACUGUAGACUGCUUUAACAGGGCAGGGCUUGCACCCUAUCUCUGAGAAGACCUAGGUGGCAACCACUAAGAUGCAAAUCUCUAAAGAGUCAUCUUGAUUGGAAUAGUUUUAUGGAGGUUUGCUUGUUCAGAGGCAAUGUAUUGAUGCCUGCCAAUUGCUAGGGAGCAACAAUGAGGGAAGGCCCUGGACUUCAAGCCCUGCUUAUGGCCUUCCUGGAGGUAUCUGGCUGGUUGUUGGGAGAAGCAGAAUGUUGGAAUACACGAGCCCACCUGGGUCUGGCAUUGGUAUGCUGUCUCUGACAAUGGAGAUUCCAUAGGGCCAUCAUGACUAGCAUCCAUUGAAGGCCUUGUUCUCCAUCAGUUUGUCUGUUCCUCUUUCAAGGCCAUCGGAGUUAGUGUUCAUCACCAUAUCUUGUCUUAGUGAAUUAUGACACUGAGUCAGAGGUUUGGGCAUCUGUUUGGAAAGGCUUGGCAAGCUUAAUAUGUCCCUCCAGUCAUCUGUGGAAGAACAAGAGCCCAGGCAUCUGGUUGGCCACUGUAAGAACCGGAUGAGUCAUUGGCCUGAUCCAGCAGGCUCUUGUGUUCUUAAGGUCUAAAGAUCAGUCUCACUUUGUUACCAGGUUCAAAAUUCAGUGCCGUAUCAAACUCUCCACAGAGGCUUUGCCACUAUUCAUAGAAUUACUGGUAAGAAAACCUCUCUCUCUUCCUGAAUUUUGCUGCUGCAGCUUUGUUUCAUUUCAAAUUUCUGCAGGAAUUAUUUACAGCUAAAACUGAAAUCCUUAACAUAGAUCUGGAAGAUGAUAGGCAGGAUGAAAAGUUAGAAAUAAUUGAAGGCUGAAUAAGGAAAAAGAAAAAAACAAAUGGGUAGCUUGGAUGUUUCCUGAAGCUCUUUUUGAAUUCCCAGAUUUGUCAGAGGGAUUGUGAAGGUGGCAGGUGGGCAUGAUGAGUUUGGGUCUUGAGUAAGCUAGGCAGUUGCUUGUCUUUUGCCGUACCCUUGUGCCUAACUCUUGUGCACUGAGACGGGAAUCACCAUGGAGUCUGACUCUCUGGAUCCGUGAAAAGGGAUCCUGAAUCUGUUUUUAAGUACUUUUACAAAUACUAAAUACUAAAUCAUGGUAAGACAAUUCAGAUAGAACUUUAGGUUCCCAAGGUGCUUCUGUCCCUCAUCAGUGCUUCAUCCAUUUUUGUCCUCAGCAGUGGGGAAAGAGUUUGUUCAUGGGUUGUGUUGCACACUGGAAUUCAGUUGUUCUAAGCAGCAGCCCUGGAAAUCCCUCCAUUGCUUCUGGAGUUGAGUGACAAGGACAUGACAUGAGGUCCUCAUAAAAGCUUGAUGAAGCCGUUUCCAUUAAAAAGAAAAUUGCAUUGUUGGAUUGUUUUCUGCUGAUCUCAGGGCUGCCCCCACAGAGAUUUGGCAUUUCCUCAGGAAUGUUCAUUUCCAAAUACUGUAAUGAAGGAAUGAAGGAUUAUUUUUCAGUAGAGAGGGAAUCUUCUAAAAUUUCUAGUCUGGUUGUGGAGUAUUAUGGGUGGAUAUACAAGAAAAUUCACAUUGUCCCAACCUGUUUUCACUCAUUUCAAAAGAGUUCUGCUGAGACACUGAACGAGCUGGGCCUCGCCCAUUGCAUUGCCAUCAUGGGAGACAUGUGCUCAGACGUGGUCAUCCGAAUGCAGAUGACUGAAAGCCCAGAUUGCUGGCAGGCCUGUUUGAGCUUUCUGGUGAGUAGGUGUGACCUGGCAGCAUGCUCUCCAUUGCAUUGGCUGGGUUUGUCCCCUCCCAUCUGGUAUGGACUGGGGUUGCUUCCUUCUCCUAUUCCUACCUUUGCUUCUCCUACUGUGCUACCCUAUUUUCAAUAUUUAAUUCUUGCUUCUUAAAUAAAACGCAAAAGUAAAUACUGAAUGCAAAAUUGAGCUGCUAAGACAUAUCCCACCCAAUAAUAACGAAACACAAAUGUUGAUGCAAUCAUGGAUAGAAAGCUCCAGAGUCAUUUUUUUAAAUGUGGCUUUUUGAAAUGACCCUAUAGUGCAGGGGUCAGCAAACAUUUUCAUCAGGGGUCUGGUCCACUGUCCCUCAGACCUUGUGGGGGGGCCGGACUAUAUUUUGAAAAAUAUAAAUAUCCUGCAAGCCAGUCCCGCAGCUGCCUCUGGACCUGGAGGAGGAACGCACUCUGCACACGCUCAGGAGCACGUCUUGGCGGCACCCGCUCACCGGCGUUGUUGACAAGCAGCAGCUGCUCCGUCGGCCCAUCCCCCCGGAGCUCCCAGGCGGCGGGCACCACACGCUGUAGCCCAUCAUCCAAGGACAGGUCAGCAGGCAGGCCGCACAAUCGGGGCACCAGGCAGGCGGCGCGCAGCUCACCCACCAGCUGCUCCAGCGCGGCCGCCGAGCGUGCCACCACCAGCAGCGCCGAGCCGGGUGCCAGGCAUGGGACCAGCAGGUGCGCCAAGCUCUGGCUGAAGCCCCGUGGUGCACCCAUCAUGAUGCCCAUGGCGCAGCCCAGUCCCGCUGCCUGCCUGCCGGCCUCUCCAUCCAUGGCCACGCCAGAUUUACUUCUGUGUGUGAGCGGCGAGGCUUCGGAUUGGCCCCAGGAACUUCCUGCAGCCAAUCCAAAGCUGCGCCAGCGUCACCACGCCCAGAGGCGUCCGCGGCUUCAGAUUGGCUGCAGGAGCUUCCUGUAGCCAAUCUGAAGCCGCGCCAGCGUCACUGCCUGCCCAGAAGCCGUGCCAGCAUCGCGGAACUCAGUCCCCACAUGGCAAGGCGUCCGCAGCACGUGGGGACUGACCGAGCAGGUGGCAGGGUCCGCGGGCCGGAUUUAUGAGCCGGGGGGGCGGAGUUUGCUGACUCCUGCUAUAGAGCAUUAACUUAAGUCACUUUUGCUUUAACCAUACUCUUCCAAAGCACUAACUGUUUCAGAAAAUAAACUUCAUUCCUCACAAGUAGAAGUUUGUAAUCUCACCUUUGGAAUGGUGUGGGGAGACAGUCAGCUUGAAAGGGAAACCCCACCAGAAACCUUCCUUUCCUGUUGCAAUGGAAAGAUGACCACCUUUAACAACCUGUCACUGUUUUAAUAGCAUCAUACUCUCUCAUCUGGAUCUACUACGGUGUUAUGGUCUCAUGUAACUAACUACCUGAAGUUGCCUCAUACUGAGUCAGACCAUUGAUGCAAAUAGUCCGUUAAUGCUUGUGUAGUAAUUGGCAACGGCUCUCCAGGGUCUCAGGGAGAGUAAAUUCCUUUUCAUCCUUUCAUCUGGAGAUGCCAGGAACCGAACCCAGGACCUCUUAAGUAGAAACAUGUGCUUUGCCUGCCCCAAGGAGUGGUCAGAUUCAAUGAGUGACCAAAAGGGGAGUGCAUAGUCCCUGGAGCAGGAAAUAUGAGGAAGCUAUGAGCCCCAGACACUGAGAUUUCCACAUACCUGAACUGUUUUUGGGAAAUCCUAGUGUGCUUAUUUUGUCUUCUCCCUGUGAAGGAUGAGUGCUGGAACAAAGGCAAGGCCACCAGAUACCCAGAGUGUCUCUAUGCACUGCUUGGCCUGAUGAUGAACCUCUCUUUGGAACCCAAUUUGCUCCUUCAGGUAAAGUGUCGGGCUCUCUCACCUAUCCUUUAGUUGAUUUGUUGGUUUCCCAAAGUGGAUUUGAAUUUAAUACCUUUUGUGAGCCUUCCCACCUCUACUGCUGUAGCUGUGAAGCUGUGUAUGUGGUCUUUUACUUUCCCAGAAUGUGCCACCCCCAGUUCCUAAGGACAGGUGCACCAGCCAGUGACCUCUUUUUUAAAAUUAGUUUUUAUUAAUGGUUUCUUGUGUUACAAAACAACUAAACAGGGAAGUAUCAGCUCCACUUUUUCAAAAUUCAUUUACAUUUAGUGAGACACACUUUUGUCAUAGACAUCUUGCAGUUUGGGGAAGAGAGAAAGGGAGGGAGAGAGAUGGGGGUACUGUUUUUCGUUCUGUUUCAUAGUGUUAGCGUAGGGAUUUAGGUCAGCAUCACGUUGGUAGGCCCUUUGUUUAUAUUUUUAUUUUUAUUGACAAGAGAUAGGGGGUCCAGAGCUUGGUUCCUCCCCACAAUCAAAGAGCAAUGGCAGCAUCACAUAGGAUACGAAAUAAACUCAACCCAGUGGUCAAAAAUGUGGUCUAAACCACCAUUUAAGUUCAUCUCAGCCAAAGGAAGAGAACUCACUCUGAAAUGUAUCUACAGUAUAGAUGACAUCUAAACACCACAGACAUCAUCGUUAUUAUUAUUAUUAUUAUUAUUAUUAUUAUACCGCCCUAUACCCAGAGGUCUCAGUGCGGUUCACAUAAAAAGAUCACAGUAUAUAAAAUAAAAAUAAAAGCAUCAACCCAAUAAUACCCCCUCCCUCCAAAAAAGAGCCACAUUUUUAAAGGGUAUGGGAUGUUGAUCAGGUCAACCAAAGGCCUGGUUAAAAAGGAAUGUUUUUGUCAUGGAUACACCCAGGAACUUCAUCUAAAUUCUGGAUAAGCUGCACCUCUAUAACUUGCCAAAAUCAGGCUUUUGGCUCUUGCAAUUGCACAUGAGUCCACUGUAAUUGUUAUUUAAUAUUAUGCAACUGCAUCAUCCAUGUCCUUGACACUUGAGAAAAAGGAGAGGGCAGGAUAAGUUGGGAUGAGACAUAGAGUUGUAUCUAAAGUAGUACUGAGUUAAAAGUCACUGAGCUGUUUGCUUGUUUCACUGUGCAGUGUUUUGGGCCAGUGGAACGCUGUUGCCAAGAGAAUAUAUGAGCAGGUUGCUGGUAAUUUGGUUACACGAUAGGUGGCAUAUUAUGCUGUUCAAUGAAUUUCCUCCAGUGCAGCUGUUGCAUUCUUCUGUUGUGCUACAUUAAAACUCACCGGUCUGCUAGUACACAAGUCCUUGCACUUAGCUGACGGAGAAUGUUAGAUGCAGUCCAUAGUGACAAGCAUUGUCGCCGAGAAGGGAUCUGAAUCAAAAACUGUCCAGUCCAAGUAUUAAUUUACUGCCCUGUGACUUAGAGCACUGUUAUAUGUCAUACCUCAGAGGAGCCUUCCUGCUAAUCCAGUAAUUAGGAGCAGUAAUUAAGCUGCUGUUCUCAGCUGACAUUCUCACCUUAUUGGUUCUUUUCAGGAUCUUGCCAUAGAGAUUUCUGGGAAAUGCAUGUCCCUCUUUGACUGUAAAGAGGGAAGAAUUGUGACAGUAAGUGGUACUUGAGUUGAAGGAAAGUGGUAGGAUUAAUGUGUUUUGUUGCUCUCACAGUGCUGUGAUGUAAAUUUGUUUUCUUAUUGAGGUUUAAUUAUAUAUAUGUUAUAUUAUUAUGUAUUAUAUAAUGUUGUACUGGCUUUGGUUUUAACAAAGAGAGGGCUAUAAAUUGCCUACAUAAUGCUCUUAUGUCUAUUCUUAUCGUCUCUUGAGGAAGCAUGCAGAUUGGGACUGGGAUGUUGCCAGAAGCAGAAAAAGGUUUGGGGGCAAAGGCAGUGGGAAGGAAAGAAGCAGGGGCUAGCUUGGAAUGCCCACACGCUGCCUGCAGAGGAUUAUGGCUCAGAAAUGAAGUAGCAGUAUGUAACUGGUGAAUCCUCCUCCUUCUUGGGAGUCACUUGUCUUUGCUCCCAACCAUGAUGCCUUUGCCAUUCCACUCUGGCUUUAACUAAGGAUUUUAGCUUGGGAACUGAAGCACAAAUAAACAUAGGAGUUGUCCUAUAGCCUGAGCUAUGCUUUGUCUCAGAUUAAUACCAAAACGAAGAGCCACAGUUUGUCAGGCAUGAUGAGCUUCCUUUCCAGAUAAUAAGUGUUGAGUAUUGGCUUGCUGUUUUAUUUUCUGCCUUGAUGGUGUCUAUCCAGCAAUAUAUAAAAGUAAAAGGUCCAGUCAGCUCUAGCAAAGGACCAUGACAUGAACAAAUAUGAUAGCUUGUUUUUUUGAAAGAAGACAAAUCAACUUCUCUCUCUUACUGCCACCUCCAAAUUUCUUCUCCUUAAGCGAGCAGCUGGGCUUUUAAGUCACAUCCUGCCAAUAAGUCCAGAGGCACGGGAAGAGGCGAUAAAAGAUGGCGUGGUGAGGAAAAUGAUCAGAUUUCUCAAGGUAAUUAGCCAAUUUCAGGUUUCUAUAACAUCUAGAAAGUCAAUGUUUUCAUGACAAUGCCCUGUACAGUGAAGGUAUAGUUGAACCUGGGGUAUAGGAGCAUAGGAAGCCACCUUUAUACAGAGUCAUAUGAUAUCUACACUGGCUGACAGUGGCUGUCCAGGAUUUCAGCCAGAGCUCUCUCCCAUCCCUACCUAGAGAUCCUGGGGAUUGAACCUAGGACCACGGGUGAAACUAGGCUUUAUUUCACCUUGGUCAGACCCAGUUUGGCACUCCCCCAUGUGUAUUUGUGGACGCACACACACACACACACACACACACACACACACAGGCUGGGAGCCUCAAUGGCACCCCUCUGGAGGCUUCACCCAGGGCAAAAAACCUGGCUAGCCCCCCCCCCCCCCCCCCGUUACAGCUCUGCCUGGGACCUUCUGCAUGCAAAGGAGCUGCAGCCCUUCCCCUGCCUUAUAUUGAAUCUGAAGCAAAAAGCACUGGGUACAAAAUGGACCCUCUAGUUAUACAAAAACUAGGGCUGCUUGUUACAGACAUCUCUCUUUCUUUCCUGAAAAUGUUAACACUUUAAGCUAUAUGGAAUCAGAACUUUGAUGCAUCUAGCCUGGUACUCAUUGCUGUUUUUGCUAUAAUGGAGCAAAUUAGCCCAGCAUUUGCCAGUUCUGAAUUGAUAGUGUUUUCCCAAAGUCUGUCUUGCUACCUGCUGCAUGAGAUGCCAGGGACUGAACCUGUGGCCUACAAAGCAUGUGCUCAACCACUGAGCUAUAGGCCCAACCUUUCCUUAGUAUAUAUACACCUUAGAAAUAAUGUAUGGGAUUGCCCAACUACCUGCACUGCUAUUCCGGUCCUCCCCCUGCUGCUCCUUCCCCUAAGUUGGCAAUGUUCUUUCCAGUAAUUUUUAUAGUAUUUUUGCCACCCUCUUCUGCUGAAAAAGGAGAACAUAAGAUAGCUGCUGUCCUCAGCCUUACAAUCUAAAAGAAGGAGUUAAUAAAAGGAAGGUACCCUGAAUACGGCGGUGCGGGUGGCGCUGUGGGUUAAACCACAGAGCCUAGGACUUGCCGAGGUUCGAAUCCCCAUAAUGGGGUGAGCUCCCAUUGCUCAGUCCCUGCUCCUGCCAACCUAGCAGUUCAAAAGCACGUCAAAGUGCAAGUAGAUAAAUAGGUACCGCUCCGGUGGGAAGGUAAACGGCGUUUCGGUGCGCUGCUCUGGUUUGCCAGAAGCAGCUUAGUCAUGCUGGCCACAUGACCCGGAAGCUGUAUGCCGGCUCCCUCGGCCAAUAAAGCGAGAUGAGCGCCGCAACCCCAGAGUCGGUCACGACUGGACCUAAUGGUCAGGGGUCCCUUUACCUUUACCCUGAAUACAUUCAGUGCCCUGAAUACAUCUUAGCCCUUUAAAACCAGGGGAGAGGCAGCAGUGCACCCACCUACAAUGGUACUCUCACUGCUUUCCGCUUCCUCGCCCAGGAAUCCCAGAAGUUGUACUUUAGUGAGGAGGUUGAGAUACCUCACCUCUUAACGUAACUAUUAUGUCUGGAUGGAGUCACAGCAGAUAAAGGAUGCUUGGAAACUGUAUGAGAUUCAUAGCAUUGCUGUGCCUCACUCCUAGCAUACCCAGUCUGCAACCAUUUGAAGAAUUCUAGGCAUUCCUUUGGCAUCUUAGCAUGGCAGCAAUGAGGUCAGUGCCCACUUUUGCCACCAUUCCAUCUUCACCCAUGCAGGCUACUGCAUGCAUAAUAUAAUGAAUAGAAUAUAAUGAAUAAGUAUAAGAUGAUGAUGAAAAGCAAAAUUUAGAAAAUUGGCCUCCAGGUGGAAAAAUCAAAACUAGAAACAGAACUGUUAGAACCCAAAACUAAGAUUUUGUCAAAGAUGUAUAACCUGCUGUUGAAAUGGAAUACUCAGGAUGAAACGGUGAAAUCUGCUAUGAUUAAAUGGGCACAAGAUGUUGGACAUAAUAUUAUGUUUGCUGACUGGGAACAGUUGUGGACCACAGGUAUGAAAUUCACGGCAUGUAAUGCCCUAAGAGAGAAUAUUAUGAAAAUGAUAUACAGGUGGUACAUGACACCAGUCAAGCUUGCAAAAAUCUAUCAUUUGCCCGAUAAUAAAUGUUGGAAAUGUAAAGAAAACGAAGGUACAUUCUUUCACCUUUGGUGGACGUGCCCAAGGAUUAAGGCUUUCUGGGAGAUGAUCUAUAAUGAACUGAAAAAGGUAUUUAAAUAUACCUUCUUGAAGAAACCAGAUGCCUUUCUCCUAGGCAUAGUUGGCCAAUUGGUGCCAAAGAAGGAUAGAACUUUUUUUAUGUAUGCCACAACAGCAGCAAGAAUACUCAUUGCAAAGUAUUGGAAGACACAAGAUCUACCGACCUUGGAAGAAUGGCAGAUGAAGGUGAUGGACUAUAUGGAAUUGGCUGGCAGAAUCCGAGACCAGGGAGAGGAGUCGAUGGAAGAAGAUUGGGAAAAGUUUAAAGACUAUUUACAGAAAUAUUGCAAAAUUAAUGAAUGCUAGAAUGAUGUUGGAUAGAAACUAAGUGGUCUUUAGCUGAAAUGUUAUAAGGGAAUAUGAAAAAAUGGAUUAUUAAUAGGUAAAAAUUUAAAAUUACAGUACUUUAUGAUUAACAAAUAUACAAGGAUAUACAAAGAGGGGAGGGAUUUGCUGAACUAACAAACUGAAUUGGAAUACAAAAAAGGGAGACGUGAGGAGGUCCGGGAAAUAAGCAAAUGAAGGAUAAGUAAUGGAAAGAAUGAAUUGUUUUUAAUUAUCUUUAUUUUGCAUUUUUCUUUUUUCUUUUUUAUCUUGUAAUACUUUGAAAACCUUAAUAAAUAUCUUAUAAAAAAAAAAGAAAAGCAAAAUUUAGCAGGAGCAGUGAGGAAGGAAAAUAAUUUACAGAGUGUUGGAUGACUCCGUGGCCUUAGCUCUUCACCUCUAAAUAAUGUUUCGGCCCAGAGAAAAUGGUCCGGGUACCUAUGAAAGCUGAAAGAAGAGACCUUUUAUACGUUCUAUUUAAUGUGCAGUGAAGCCAUCCCUUGGAUGGAUUUAUUCCCUUAUCAGCAAUUCAUGUAUGGAAAUGAACCAUAAGAAGCAUCAUUAGAACUGCAUAUUCUUUGGGAGUGCCCAUAUUCCUGUUAGAGGUCACAGACUGUUGUAGUGUUAGAGCUUGAAUCUGAUUAUGAGGCACUGUCUGGGCAUAAUUAGGAGCUAAUAUAUUUAAAGAUGGAAGAAAAUUAUUACUCUCAGAAUGCCUAAAUACCCCAUGAUUUGCUGCCUUGUCAUAAAGCACCCAUAAACUUUCUGGAACUGAGGGCCUUGUCGUAUAUUUCCGAGCCCCAGAGUGCAUAACUAGACGUUUAAUGGAUGCCUCUUUUUUUACUCCAAUCCAGGCAGAUGGGAAGAUCACACAUGGCUAUGCAAUGAAAAUCCUGGCUGUUUGUGCCAAAAGUAGCCAAGAGGCACAGGAAGAGAUUGUGAAGCUGGAUAAAAGUAAGUCUGGCUGCAAAGAGUUGAUCUGGGGCAAGGACCACAGACAGGGAUCUCGGCUGUCUACAGGAUGAAGCAGGACCGUUAAUCCUAUCUUACACCCUGCAGAAUCCAAAUACAUUUAACAAACAGGGUAGCCUUCACCGCUGCAUAAUACGGCCUCCAGUCAUUCUUAAAGUGCAGCCUGUUGUGCCUGUUUUCUAUGGAGAAAAUAGGUUUGUGUGCAGAACAGUAAACCACCAUCUUGGAAGAGGAAACAGUAUCUUGCACUCGUUUAAAGGGAACAGUUUAAGGAGCAGAAAAGAAGGACUCUGUACUGUAAGCAGAGUUGUUGGUUUUGGGGGGAGGAGGGGAAAUCUAUAUUAUAAGGCAAACACAAGCUUCCUUGUGAGCUUCACUCUUAAUCCACAUGUGGAGACCAGCUGGGGGGCACGUUUGUAGAGUAGAGAUUAACUGUUCCCCGUCAGAUUCUCCCUUAAAAAUUCUCCCCUCUCCCAGCAUCAAUUUUGACAUAGUCCCCACCACCACCACCACCAAAAGCUGGAAGCAAUUGAGCUGGGGGAAGAAGGGUGGGGAGAGAAAUGGCUCAAAAGAGGGGAGAUUGCUUUGGAAAACGCGCAACUUUGGAAGGGUUAUGCAACCUCCUCCGUUCUCUUCUUUGGGUGCUCCCUUUUCAUCACCUUGGCAAAUGUGAGUUGCUGCAAACACUUUGCUGAGGGGACACAUAGCAAAUAAAGUAACUAGUUCUGCCCUUAGGAGGAUUUUAUUGACCCCGAUAGGGUCAAGGAGAGGAACCCUCCCACCUCCCCAGUUGUAGCCUGCCUAUGGUCUGUAGUGCAUUUGGGCCUCUAAUGAGAAGCUGAGUUUUUGAGAUUUUUUAAAACAAUAGAUGAGUGACAGCUUGAUGCAGAUACAGAGACAUCACCUUGCCAACAAAGGUCCGUAUAGUUAAAGCUAUGGUUUUCCCAGUAGUGAUGUAUGGAAGUGAGAGCUGGACCAUAAAGAAGGCUGAUCACCGAAGAAUUGAUGCUUUUGAAUUAUGGUGCUGGAGGAGACUCUUGAGAGUCCCAUGGACUGCAAGAAGAUCAAACCUAUCCAUUCUGAAGGAAAUCAGUUCAGAGUUCUCACUGGAAGGACAGAUCGCAAAGCUGAGGCUCCAAUACUUUGGCCACCUCAUGAGAAGAGAAGACUCCCUGGAAAAGACCCUGAUGUUGGGAAAGAUGGAGGGCACAAGGAGAAGGGGACGACAGAGGACGAGAUGGUUGGACAGUGUUCUCGAAGCUACCAGCAUGAGUUUGAUCAAACUGCGGGAGGCAGUGGAAGACAGGAGUGCCUGGCGUGCUCUGGUCCAGGGGGUCACGAAGAGCCGGACACGACUGAACGACUAAACAACAACAACAACACCUUAGUGCAGGACACCCUUUCUUAGGGCCACUUCUGAAAGCAUGGUUCUGACAUUAUUCCUGAGCAACAACUUCAAGCUUUUGAUCUUAGAGCUCAUUUCAGUUCUCUUCCCCACCCCCAAAUCAAGUUGUUGCAUACCUUGGAAGCCUGCUCUGGGAAAGUGACUGCUCAGACAGUCAUUAGACGUCUGCGUAAUAAUCUCCAUCUAAUUGCAAGGUAAUAUUGGGACCCUGCCUUGGAACAGGUUGACUUUUAGAUCAUUAGCAUGUAACUCCUGCAAGCCAGCUUCCACGUGCAUAGUGUUUCUUGAAAGAGGAGAGCAGUGUCUCUGUUACAAUGGGAUGAAGAUGUCUCUCAAAGAAGUGUGAAAUCCUUGGAUCCACCCAUAAGCAGGCACCUUGAAGGAAGCUCUCCUACCCUCCUAGCUUGUGGAAAGUCACACCAGACCCCUCUCGGUACAGAACUGCCCUUUGCUGCUUCAAAACCUUUUCAGCCCACCUCUCUGGUACCCUGACACUAAAUUGCUUUCUGUCCAGGCCCUGUAGGUCAGCUUGCAAAAUGGCUUCCCUGGAAUGUGGGUGGAGCAGCAAGUAGCAGGUUGGCUCUUUUCAGUUUAUUAAAAGAUUUGACAUGAGUUUAAUCUGCAUUUUCUCCCUACUCCCUGUCCACAGGGCAGCCGUGUUGCUGCUAGAUCUUCUUUUCCAGAGAACCAUGAGGGUGUUUGGCAUUGAGGGGACAGAGUCUUUGUUUACAUCCCUUACUCUUUUGCUGAUGUUUGACACCGUUUCUCUUUGGCUCCACACAACCUUGCAGAAUGUAAGAUACUGCUGAAGUUUCUGCGCUCAGAGAAUGAGGUGUUGGCAGGAAAUGCUGCUUUCUGCCUUGGGAGAUGCUUUGAGGUGCCCGGAGCAGCCACUAAUUUGCUCGAUGUGGAUAUUGUGCGGAUUUUAUUGAAAGUCGCUGGCAGGGAUGCUCAGAGGACGUCUGCGCAAGAGAACGCUGCCAUUGCUUUAGGAAAGCUCUGCACAGCUGAUGCCAGGCAAGUAUCCACAGAUGUGGGCUCACUGAGGAUUGUCCUUGUUCUGUUGGUUUUAUUUAUUUGUUUAUUUGGCAUAUUUAUGUCCUGCUGAACUACCAAGUGAAGUUCUCAAGGCAGCUUCCAAUAUAUUUAAAAUAAAGAAAGAUGCUAAACGUUACUAUGCAUGUAAUCACAAAAGGUGAAUAUUAGUUUUCCCUUGCCCUAGAAAUAGCUGCCAAGCCCCUGACAGGUAAGUCUCUCCUUCCCUCCCUCAUUGCCUCCCACAAUCCCUGGCUCUGGAGACAGAUGCAAGGCAUGCUGGGGGAAUAAAGGCUGAACCUCUGAGAAACUCAUUUUUUAUGGCUUUCUGGUCUCGUUCUGCAUUUGUUCGUGCUAAUAUUUAUUGGCAGCCACCCUUGGAACUGAUGUUAUUUGGCAGAUUAUGAACAAAUAUUGUAAAUCAGUACACAUUCAGCCACUUUGGUGGGCUUUAUACAAACAGCUGUAGUGGUCAAGGCAUCAAGCGGUGAAUGAUUUUUGUGAGAGAGAGAUUAUUGCUUGACUGUUCUGACACAUCACAGCCAAGUAGUGAGAUCAGGGUUUUCCAGUUAGUCAGGUUUUUAUCAUUCUUCAGACAGUGUCCAUUAUAAUAUCUUUUGUUACCCUCUGGAAUCCCUUUUGACAUGUGGAGUGGGCCAGGAAGUGCUGAGUUCUGAGUGCACAACAUGUGGCUUUACUGUGCAGGGAGCAUUUGCAGGAGAUGUUGACUUCAGAAUAGCUUCACCAACAUUACAUCAACAUGUAAAAAAAAAAGCAUUCAUGGGCUUGCAAAACAGAUUUCUGUCUACAUAACACAUUUUAGCAGUCUUGAGAAGCUUGAGUGGCUGGAUCUUAUCAGACUUGAUAUUCCCAGCUGGAAAGACACCAGGCUUAUCCCCAGGCCAACAGCAUUGGGCAGAAUGUCUAAGGCUGCAGUCCUAUGCACACUUACUUGAGCCCAGCGAGACUUGCAUCUAAAUAAAGGUUAAUUUGAUUGGGGCUGCAAGCCUCUUUGGCUGUGAUCAAACUGGCUUGUGGGACUGGAAAUGAGGGGAACUGCUGGAUUAUCCUUCUAUUCCUAUAAGAGAAACCCAUUCACAGCCAGAGGGGCUUCUUCUUUCCCAGUUGUCGGAGCCCCUGGAGCCUGCCCCUGCCAGUGAAGGGUUUUGCACAAGAGAACCUGCCCUACCCAAAGAGAAUUUGAGCAUUUCUCAAAACUGACCAUGAAAAUAAUCAAAAAGCCUCCAUAUGCUGCAUAAGCUCCUUCAGUGCCUGUGCUUUAAGCCUGGUCAUUCUCGAUGUGGUGAGGUCAGCCUGAAUUUGUUCUGAUAUUGGCUCUUCCUUUCCCCAGGCCAGAGACUGAAUGGGCAAGGUAUUGGCAUACAGCCCUCGAGCCUCAUUGCACCUUUUUGAAGCAGGACAGGUUUUGCCAGUUGCAGAUGGGAUGUUUGUGUGUAUGUGUCUCAUGCAUACAGUUUGUGCAAGAGGAAAGCAACGAUCUGCGGUGAAAGCGGGAAUGUGCUGCAAUGUGAACACACCCUCGUACAAUAGUUCUCAAGAGUGUGGCGUGCUUUGAUUCAGAACACAUUAAAGUACUUCUUCACUCAGUGAAAUGGAACUUGCUCCUUCCCACAGGAGGCAGUGAUGGCUACUUACUUGGGUGACUUUAAAAGAGGAUUAGACAAAUUCAUGGUUCCUACCCAGGGUUUCUGUGCUCUGCCUCCAUGGUCAGAGGCAAUAUCCUUGGGAAUUGCAAUUGCCGGAUACCACAGGACGGGAGAUUGCUCUUGUUCUUGGGUCCCGCUUGCACGUUUUCCAUAGGCAUCUGGGUGGCUACUGUGAGAACAGGAUGCUGGAUUACAUGGGUCCUCUUUGGCCUGAUCCAGCAGACUCUUCUUAAGUUAUUAGGGCGUUGUGUGAGAGAGAUCUGGUGCCAGCCAAUCCAGCUCCCCUGCUCCCCAGUAUGCCAACAACAACUAAACUCUGUUGUGUCGGGAGGAGGAGGAAUUUACAAAUAAUAAGCUUUUUUAUAUGCUGGGAAAUCUAUUGAAGAAGGCAUGCAGGUUCCCUUUCAAGUUGCUUUCUACCUACUUGAAAACAUUGGCAGCAUUAAGAUAAAUUCAACAGUGUAAAUAAGUUUUGAUGGACGUAAUAAUGGAACGCUGAAUGGUUUAGUUUAUGUAACAUAUGCAGGGAUUUAUGUUACACAAAAUGAACCAUGGAAAGAAAAGAAAGGAAGUCAUUGAUAUUUUAAGGUUGUUAAAAUGAAUACUCUAAAUUGUAAAACAGAAAAUUUAAUAAAAAUUAGAGAGAGAAAGAGAGAGAACUGCUGUCUACGACUCUGAUAAGUGAGUGACGCAUAACUUCAUCUUUUGCCCUGGCAAUUGCCUUUGACUAAAUCUUCCUCUUUUGCUUUGCAACUUCUAGGCACACUAGUCGGCUGCGGGAGCUGAACGGAAUGGCAGUCCUCAACACCUCUUUGAAGCACAUGCAGGGAUUUUAAAAGCUUCUGUAAAUGUUCCAGAGCAUGUUUACAAAGUCUGCCAUAGCUCUGGUCAGGGCUGCACUUUGUUUUUGUAAUAAAGAGGAUUAAUUGGAACAA